GUGAAAGGCUGCUGCUUCCUUCAGUUUGUAUUGAGCUUAGAAGUUGGAAGCAGCAGGAGGCGGAGGAGAGCUUCACCUAUAUAAAUAAAUAACUAAUCUGUGACAUAACAAGUCCUGAUGGCAGAGGAUUGGAUCAGAAUGAGGAGCAGCCUACACAGUGCCCCCGGCUCCUGGAAGCUCUACACUGCUCUAUAAAGCAAGGCUGUACGCACAUGCAAAACUUCAGCACCCAUUGCAGCCCAGUAUGGGAAACGAUGCUGGUGUAUUAUAGAGGAUGACGGAGGAAAGGCCAAGAGUCCUGUGAUCGCACUUCAGAAUCAUACCCAGCGAAAUCCACUGUGCAUUCUCUAUAACGACACAGCGAGGACGCAGAAUAUACUUUGGAUGGGAAUACCUAAAUCGUAGAUAAGUUGGCUCUUGUUCCAGCUGCAACUCAUUGAAUGAAGAAAGGGGCCCGAGAAGGGAGGAGAAGAUUUCUGGCUACUUAGUGAACUGAGAUGCUGUUACCUGCUGAAAGCUGAACUUACGUUACAUGACACCGAAACCAAUUGGCUUGGAGUAACCCUUAUUGGACCAGUGCUGCUCCUAAUUUUUCUGCUGCUGAACAAUUACUGUAGUUUUGCUAGAACAACUAUUCUCGGUCAGAAACAGUAUUUUCCCUCUCAUACCUCAUUUGAACUCUUCUUGGGACGGUGUUAGGUGUGUAUUAAAUGCUUCUGUACCAAGGUACGAGCUCCUGCUAGUGUCUCACUGGCCCCAAUCAAACCUUGACUUGGCCAUUGCUGCUACUGUUCUGCUUUUCUGAUUCAAGACUUGUUUCCCCACUGCAGGUUAAUCCUAAUUGGACAGUAAUGACUGCCUUUAUUUAUUGCUGAAUCCUAACUUCCUGACCUUAUACGUAGUAUGUGUGAUCUUCUAUCCCAUUGUGGAUUUCUAUUGGAUCAAGGUUAUAUAUAUAUUCCCCACUCGUUUCAGAAAUUCUGACUUGUACCCUGCACCUGUUGAAAUCUGGCUGAUCAUCACCUAUGUGAGUUCCCUUUACCUACUUUCUAACUUUCACAAGGAUCACUGAUUAUCCCACAUUUGGAUUUCGAGAUGGCGGCUGGAAGUAUCACAACCCUACCAAUAGGGCCUGAGGAUGGGGGCAGUAGCCCAUUUCCCCCUGGUAACUUUAAAGACCCCAAGAGACUUUACUGCAAAAAUGGUGGAUAUUUCUUAAGGAUCAACUCAGAUGGCAGAGUGGACGGCUCAAGAGAGAAGGGCGACUCACACAGUGAGUGUACACUAAAUGUGACUGGGUCACACAUGCAGAUUUCAUUUGUGUGAGUGCAUGGGCAUCUAUCACCAAGUGAGGAUAUGAGUGAGUGGUCUGUUACUAAAUUAUGAACUAGGCUGUUAUGUGGAUAUAUGCAAAAGGGACAUCUGCCGCGAUUGUUGUACAACAACUUUUAGAGUUCCUAGACAAAGUUCCUGUGAAUGGUAGUUCAAUAAUGCAGCGUAUCAAUAUUUUUCAAAAUGUGUCAAUAUUUGUUUUGUAGAGGAGCAAGUGUCAAUAUGCCCAUAUGUUGUGCUAUGUUUUACAAGUGAAUCAUACUGUGUUUUAAUGCACUUACUUGCAUAUUUUGAAAAUUAGCUAUUUAGAAUUAUGUACUGUCAGCUGAUUUUGUAACAUUCGUUUAGGAAGGAUAUAAUGCUAAAACAGUAGCUAUAGAAAAGGAGUUCCCCCAAAUCAGGCCAGAUUCUAGUAAGAGUGGAUCAGGAAGGUAUAUAUUUGGUUUAAUUAACUUAAAAAAGUAAACAGCUAAUUUUGGGUACACUUAUAAUUUUCUAUCUGUUCAGUCUACAUAGAAAGUAAAUGAUGUAAUUUAAGCUGCUGUAGACUAGCAUUGGUGGCUGAAUGCAAUGGGAGUUGUAAUUCAUCAUAGGUGUAGUGACAGUGAUGGUCUAUGGCAUAAUAACAAUCUCUUCUUUUAGGUACCCAUUCUAAAAUGGAAUAGUCAAUCAGUGGCUGCAUACUGCAUGAAACAGUUUUGUUUACAUCAGUGACUUCGAGUGAAAGUAAUAUUUCCAUAUUUUUGCUUCUUUUGUUGUGUGUUGACUUACAGUAAUGUAAAUGUACAUCCCCUACUAAGAAGCUUAUUCACUUAACCAGGAAUUGUGACAAAUUCAUCAAGUAAUUGGAUAUUUUAGGCCAUGAUAGCUGAGUUGAAUACUGAGAUUUUUAUUCCUAUCCAGCUAUAAUAGAUAAAUUUAAUAUUUACCCGCCAGUUCUCCAUACGUUUUUUUAUGACAUAUUUUUAGGCACAUUCUUAUAAUAUCCUGUUUUUUGAAAUUGGAAAAGUUAGUUUUCAGGGGUUAUUUGCUAAAGUAAGAAUGCAAGGUGAAUUUAAUGUGAAUUUAACAUUUAUAGGUACAGUAUAGUCACCAGAACAAUUACACCUUAUUGUAUUUGUUCUGGUGAGUAAAAUCAGUGCCUUCAGGCUUUUUGCUGUAAGCCCUGUCUUUUCAGGAAAAUGCAGUGCUUACAUUACAGCCUAGUGAUAACUACACUGGUCACUCCUCACAUGGCUACUAGAGGUGCUUCCUGGGGCAGUGCUGCCUAGAAUGCAUCACAACAUUCAGUGUCUCCUCCCUCUGCAUGCAGAUACUGAACUUUCCUCAUAGAGAUUCAUUGAUUCAAUUCAGGGCUCUGUUUGAAUCAUGCUGGCUCUGCCCCUGAUCUGCUAUAGUAAGAUUUUACUAUAUUUAGGGAGGCAAGAGAGGGCAUAGGGGGCUUUAGGAACACUAUAGGGUCAGAAAUAUAUGCUUGUGUUCCUGUCCAUAGUGCUGGCAAAGCAUAAUGGAAAAUAUAGUCCACAACAUCUGGAGUGCCAAUGUUUACCUAAUCCUGCUCUAAAAUGUCACCACUACUGGAGUGAACUGAAUGUGGCACAAGCACCAAUUGAGACCAAAGUUGUUAAUCGUAUUAAAACAGUUUGACAUUGUGGAACAGCAUCCAGGAAGUCCUGGCACCAUAACUACUAAAACAAGCUGUAGUGGACACUUGUCUGGCUGACUGAGAGCCGCUCAUAGACUCUCAACUGGCCCUCACUCAGGGCAGACCAUGCACAGAGGGCUGUUGAAGUGUUCUCUGCAUGGUGCUGGUGCCCACAGCAUAAUGCAAGCGCAUCUAAUGAUGCGCAUGCACAGUGCUGGCUGGGGUUAGUUCCCUGGUAUCCCUAAUACGAGACACCAGAAAACAAAAUUGAGAGAAUUGGAGCGAAAUGCCAGAGAAUAUGUCUUGACUACACACUUUGAUUUGAAUGGGGAUUAUUAACAGUAACAGUAGAUAAUGUAUAGUUGUACUUCACUAGUGCCGCUCUAAAAACUGAACUAUAUUAUGCUAAUUAUUGAUUUCCUAUGAUGGAAUUGAGAUUCAGUAUUCUUUACUUUGUGUGAUUGCAAAUAUAAUGUCCAUUUCUGCUUCCCUGGUUUCCUGCUACAUUAUAUGAGCUAUUGAAUGUCUUCUGGACACCCUUCCUUUAUCUUGUCUCUUCCAAUAUAUAACAGAGCUCUGACAAUAGGUGACAUAUAGUAUACAAACACAGCACGGUUACAUCUGUCACUCUGUUAAACAGCUGUCAAACUGGGUCACACACUUAUGAGAUGCAGAGCAAGUCAUCUGGCAGCAGGUUUUGUUCUAAAUGUCACCCCUUACGGCCAUUUGCUUAACCUCAGCAAAUGUGCAUGUUUUUCAAAGCAGACUCAUCCAUUGUGGCAUUCAUCAUGUCUGCUAUGAAAACUGAAAACUGAGUGUGAUACAAUACAAAUACACAAAAUGCCCAAAUAUAUGUUGCUUAUAUAAAGCUAUGAUUCGUGACUUUCUUGUUAAUGUAUUUUGUAUAACACGGUAUUAAAGAGAAAAAUUGUAGUAAAUGUAACUGGGAAUAACAAAUGGGAGGGGGAAUACUGGGCCAGGUUUUUUUUAUAUUCUCUUGUAUUCUAGCACAGUGGAGGGGGUCCACACAAUAUUUCACUAGGUGAUUGGGCAUUUUGUGGUCCUUUUCUCUUUUAGAACCACAAUUAAUGUCCUAAUAUAUAUAUACUUUUGCAUAUAUUAUUUCUAGGCUGUGAUUUUUGUUAACGAUGACGUAAUCAUGCCAUUUGCCCCAUUCACAGUUAUAUCGGAAUUACUUGAUUGAUUAUCCUUGUCAAGUUCAUACAGCCGUGCAGUAGUUAAUAGUGUGAUAUAUAUCCUUUUACAAUUGAUUUCUUCAAGAUGACAUUGUUAUGACAGAAUAGAUUAUCACUGGUCCUUUGGACAUUAAGAGUUAUUUGCAAUAUAUUUCACCAAUUGCUGGUAGUAAUUUAUAUGAAUUAGCACGGCCAUUAAGAAUUACUAUGUACUAUGCAUCUUCCUCUCCAACCACCUUUGGGUAUCAGCCCCCUCCACUACUUUCCUUAUACUCAAAAGUGUAGCUUACAUUAAUACAUAAAAACACGUUCCCUUGGAUCUGUAGUUUGUUCAAUUUGUGAAGUUUGUUUAGAUGGCCAUUUUGCAUGGAUAAUGAGAAAGUGAACUUCCUCAUUAUGUUGUGGAGGGAGUUUCGGGGAUUCGAUGUGGAGUCAUCCACAGUCUCCUAGCACCCUCCUACUUCAAUAAUAUGUAGUGGUUAUGGUGUCUGGAGGAUCCUCCUUCUUGUGCACGUUUUUCCAGGAAUCUACACUUCCAUCUGGAUCCCCCUAUAUCAUACUAGAACUAAUCUGACAAUCUGUGGCAAUAUUGCACUUUAAUGGGAUUAUUACUGUGCAUGCACAUGUUGCACUAGUUUGUAUUGAAAAACUAUGGUGCAUGGAUUUGAACUGGUUAAUGUGCUCGAAUAUGCAUUAUUUUGCUUAUGGUUCCAAUAUGGUCACAGAGACACAAUGCAUAGGUCUUAAGUCUGUCUAGAUAGACACAUUUCAUGAUCCUAGUAUGGGAUUAUUUAAUAAAUUAAAGUUAAUGUUAAGUAGGACUGAUGACCAUGCAUUGGUCUAGUACAGGGGUUUCUAACCCUGUCCUCAAGUACCCCCUACCAGUCCAGGAUUUUGGGAUUACUGUGUUGUGUCUUAAAGUGUUUUUUUUUUCCUUUCUGAAACCACCUUAUACACAAGGGGGUAAUCCCUAAAUCCUGGACUGCUAGGGGGUACUUAAGGAGUGGAUUGGGAACCACUGGUCUAGUACACUGAUAGCCAACUGCUCUACAAUUCAGGGAUGGCUAACUGGUCUGGUCCAAGGAAAGGCUUAUACUGAUGAGAUGCCUUUGCCCUCAAAUGUGUGCCAGGGUAGAGUACAUUUGGUGGGGGGGUGAAUGUUUCCAUUUUGCCCCAUAAUUAAUCCUCCAAUGAAAAUAAAAUAUUAAUAUAUAUAUAUAUAUAUAUAUAUAUAUAUAUAUAUAUAUAAAUAAAUCAGUGAUCUGUCAAUCAUAUAAAAUGCUGUAUUUUACAUGUUAAAUAGUGUAUGGAAAAGAAAAGUUAACAAAACUGCUGUAAACCGUAAUAAAGUAGCUAUGAUAAAAUCAUGUACUUGUAAUGGUGUAUCCAAGCAGUUGUUAAGUUUCAUCCAGACUUUGAUGCCUAUAGCCUGGAAUGAGCGGGUUUAGUGGUUAAAGUGUUGGUCUUGAAUACACAAGUUUGUGGGUUUGUUUGUAUUCUUAGCCACUUAGUCCAUGUUUGAUGUUGGACAAAUCACUAUUCCCCCUCCUUCCUCAGCUUACCCACCUGCACUGGAGACUUGAAAAAUUCAGGGUUUUUUUAGUAUUCUGGGCUUGCAGCAAAUGUGCUGGUUUCAAACCACUCUAUACAUUUUCUUUAAUAACCAUUACUAAAAGUGAGCUGUCAGGUUGUAAUUGUGAUUGAAAUGUGCCUUUUCUCAAUAUUUUUGGAGCUGUUUGAUAGAUAUUUACUAUCCAAUUGCAAUUAAAAAAAUAAUCGUAAAAAGAUCUGCAUGUUAAAUCAUGUUGCAAUAAAAGUUAAUAGUGUGUUAAAAUAUAAUGUUUAUUUCUAAAAUAUAAAUAUAUGAAAUUACAUUUAUAUUUUAAGAUCAGGCCAAGAUCAGUCAAAUGUAUCUAUAUUAUUUGUAAUUUGUAUAUUUAUAUAUAUAUAUAUGUAUGUAUAUAUAUAUAUAUAAUUGAAAAAGCAUCUUGCACUCCAUGUUCUGUAAAGGUACUUUCCCGGUGCUCGUCAGGCCCAAUGUACAAAAAAGGUAGUCCAGAUAGCACUCUCAGGUCUUAGUAAAAUAAAACUUAGCUUUUAAUUAGCUUGUCAUAAAGAAUCAACGUUUCAGUUUGUUAUCCACAAACUUUCAUCAGGACUAACAUACAUAGUGCAAACACUUCCCUACAUACCUCAAAAUACAUGCAAUUAAUUAAACCACCACCGGACCACCAUCAACUCCAUGUCCGCGUGGUUUGGGGCUAGCACGGGUUCCGCCGACGUCAUCGUGUCCGUGUGUGACUUCAUCAUGUAACAUCAGCGUCAUUACCUCAUCACGCAAGUCCCCGUCCGUGGCCUCAUCGGGAGGACAUUACUAUGGAAACAAUGUAAACACAUAUCAAAUCAUCGUGGCAUAAAAACUUAAGCAUAAAAAUCACUUCACAAUAGCCAAAAUACCAUCAAGGAUACUAGUGAUGUAAUAUGAUGUGCUGGAGUUCAAUAACGUAUCAAUGAUUAUAAAUUCAGCGGUCCCAAGAUUUAUACCAUAUAAAUCCCAGUGUAACUCUGCCCCAAAGUAUCCAUAUUUUGUCAAAUCAUACAUCAAGAAAUAAAUAGGAUUAUAUCCACUGCAAAACAUUAAAGUGGUAUUUAUUAGAACACCAUACAUGGUGAUAUGGGGAUUCUAAGAGGAAUCCAAGUCCCCACUAAUACACAAUUUAUAUACUAGACAUAGUUACAUAGUUACAUAGUUACAUAGUUACAUAGCUGAAAAGAGACUUGCGUCCAUCAAGUUCAGCCUUCCUCACAUUUGUUUUUUGCUGUUGAUCCAAAAGAAGGCAAAAAAACCCAGUUUGAAGCACAAUUUUGCAACAAGCUAGGAAAAAAAUUCCUUCUUGACCCCAGAAUGGCAGUCAGAUUUAUCCUUGGAUCAAGCAGUUAUUACCCUACAUUGAAAGAUUAUAUCCUUGAAUAUUCUGUUCUUGCAAGUAUGCAUCUAGUAGCCGUUUGAACAUCUGUAUGGACUCUGAUAAAACCACUUCCUCAGGCAGAGAAUUCCACAUCCUGAUUGUUCUUACAGUAAAAAAACCUUUCCUUUGCCUUAGGCGAAAUCUUCUUUCUUCCAGUCUAAACGCAUGGCCUCGUGUCCUAUGUAAAGUCCGGUUUGUGAAUAGAUUUCCACACAAUGGUUUGUAUUGGCCCCGAAUAUAUUUGUAUAAUGUUAUCAUAUCCCCUCUCAGGCGACGUUUUUCUAAACUAAAUAGGUUUAAAUUUGUUAACCUUUCUUCAUAGCUGAUAUGUUCCAUUCCUUUUAUUAAUUUUGUAGCCCGCCUCUGCACUUUUUCUAGUGCCAUAAUAUCCUUCUUUAGAACAGGUGCCCAAAAUUGCACAGCAUAUUCAAUAUGGGGUCUUACCAGUGAUUUAUAAAGAGGCAAAAUUAUAUUCUUGUCCCGAGAAUGAAUGCCCUUUUUCAUGCAUGACAAUACCUUACUGGCCUUGGCCACUGCUGAUUGACAUUGCACAUUGUUGCAUAGUUUGUUGUCUAUAACAAUUCCCAAGUCCUUUUCAUGUGUUGUUAUCCCUAAUUCGCUUCCAUUAAGGGUAUACGUUGCUUGUGUAUUCUUUACGCCGAAGUGCAUAACUUUGCAUUUUUCAACAUUAAAUUUCAUCUGCCAUUUGAGUGCCCAGUCCCCCAGUCUAUCUAAAUCCCUCUGCAGCAAAGUAAUAUCUUGCUCACAUUGUAUUGUUUUACAAAGUUUGGUGUCAUCUGCAAACACUGAAACAUGACUUUCAAUGCAGUCUUCAAGAUCAUUUAUAAACAUGUUAAAUAGAAGGGGUCCCAGAACAGACCCCUGAGGGACACCACUUGCCACCUCUGUCCAGCUUGAAAAUUUACCAUUAAUGACAACUCUUUGUACUCUGUUUUUAAGCCAAUGUUCUACCCAAGAACAAGCAUUUUCAUCUAGACCGAUUUCCUUGAGUUUGAACACUAAUCUAUUGUGUGGAACUGUAUCAAAUGCCUUGGCAAAAUCCAAAUAGAUCACAUCCACGGCAACACCCUGAUCUAUACUUCUACUUACUUCUUCGUAGAACGCAAUCAAGUUAGUUUGACAUGACCUGUGCUUCAUAAAACCAUGCUGAUUUUUGCUGAUAACCAUGUUCUUCUCAAGGAAUUCUUGAAUAUUAUCCCUUAAUAAACUUUCAAAUAUUUUACCAGCCACAGAAGUUAAGCUCACAGGUCUAUAAUUUCCAGGCAAGGAUUUUGAACCCUUUUUGAAUAUAGGAACCACAUCUGCCUUCCUCCAAUCCUCCGGAACACUUCCUGAAAGAAAAGAAUCUUGAAAGAUUAAAAACAGAGGUUCACUUAUUUCUGCACUUAGUUCCUUAAGUACAGUGGAUGGAUACCGUCAGGCCCUGGAGCUUUGUUUAUAUUAACUUUCUUUAGUUGCUGCAGCACCUUGUCUUGAGUUAACCAAUUACAAUUAUUCUGCAAGUUUUUAGUAGCAAUCAUUUGCACAUCUAUUGCCAUGGGUUCUUCCUUAAUAUAUACGGAGGAGAAAAAGUUAUUUAAAAUUCCUGCCUUUUCCUGGUCUUCAUUAAUUAACACCCCCGUUUCAGUUUUUAGUGUACCUACACUUUCAUUUUGGACAUAUGUUCCAAAAUUUAAAAUAAGCAGGAAAAAAAGAGAAUAGAAUAAAUCUAUUAUUCAAGGAGAUAGUCCAUGUUAUGAGAAGAUAAUCAAUCAAUAAUGUGUUGCAUUUACCUUAUCAUCCUCCCUACAUAUUAUAAGUUGGUCACCAAACAAAAAAGACUGAGUUCCAAAUAAUUCUGAAGCCUAACCCCAUGGGUGGACACAAAGUAUUUAUUUGUAUUAUCCAAGACCUCCAGGCCAAAAUCAUUAUUACUAUGUACAAAUAUGGGUGAAAAAUACAGUCGCAAUGAAAACAGGUUCUGUCCCUCGGGAUGGAUCCUGCACAUCCAAACUGCAUCCUCACCAUCCAUAUAACUUGGAAAACAACCAAGCAAGGUAAACCAUAGUCUUAUGCAUGGAUACCACUGCAUGUUGUGGGCCAAUGUAUAUCAAAUAACGCACAGUAUUAAGUAAGGAGGGUGGUGACCCUUUCCAAUGGGACAAAACCCAGGGUGGAUUUUGAGGCCCAGUAAGAGUAAACAAUCCACUAUGUACCAGAUAUUCUACCUAUUAAGUCUAAGUGAAACUAUACGUAUAAACAGUGUAAUGAUAAUAUCCGAAAACCAAGUGUAGACCAAUAAUAAGGCAUCUUCAUGUUGAGUAUAAGGGAUAAUAGCCUAACCCUAAGAGUGGGCACAAAUCACCCCACUCAAAAUAUUGUCAUAUAUAUAUAUAUAUAUAUAUACACACACACACACACACACACACACACACACACAAUAAAUUCACAAAAGCAGGAAUCAAGCUAAAGCCCUGUAAUCAGCCAUCAUUAUAUUGAGCAUAAGGGAUGCUGGCCUAACCCAAGGGGUGGUCACCAAUCAACCCAAUACAAAAUUGGUCAGGCUAGAGGAAGCAUCAGACAUCCUAUAAAACUAUACCCCUAUGUCAAACUAAAGAAAAGCUGACAGUGUAUAUUUCUCAUUCAACCCAUCUGGGUGAACGGUUUGUAGAGUUCUAAUCCAGUGCAAUUCCCGUUGGAGAAGCAUUUUUUCUUGCAAUCACCCCCUCUCCUAGGGAAAGGAACAUGGUCAAUGACCAUCAACUUCAAGGAUGUGUGCCCCAAUUCCAGAAAGUGCUUUGCUACUGGAAGGUUUAUUUUGUUAUCCUUUCCCUCAACAGUAAGUCAGUCUUUCCUAUAUAGGCCAAUCCGCAGGGACAUAACAGUUUGUAUAUCACAAAAUCACUUGUACAUGUGAGUUGGUGUUGUACACGGUAGCUAUUCCCACUGUGUGGAUGUGAAAAUGUUUUCCCUGGUAUCGUGUCCACAAAUGACACAUCCUAGGCAAUGGUAGCACCCCAAAUUCUGUUGCAUUUUUCACGAGAAUAGCAAUGAAUUAGGUCCUUGUUCACUAAUAGAUACCUCAAAUUUGUGUUCCUCUUGCUCACGGAAUUCCAAAGGUAUCAUAGCAUCAUUUCUCAGGACUCUCCAAUUAUCAUCUAUGAUUUGUUUAAAUUCCAAGGACACUGUGGUGUAUAUAGUAGGAAAUACCAUCCUCUUGGUCUCUUUAGUUUUCUUAAGAGUCUCUGUUACAUCCAAACAUUUAAGCAAAGCUUUGCGAAGUACACAUUCAUUGUAUCCAUGCUGACGAAAUUUGUCUCACAUUCGGCCUAACUGGUCCUGUGCUUUCCUAGCAUCAAAAUUGUUCCUAAGAACUCUCAGGAACUGUGAAUAUGGUAGUGAGGCUUUUAAGGCUUUAGGGUGAAAACUAUUCGCCUGGAGCAAGGUGUUGCAAUCUGUGGGUGUGAAAAAAAAAAAAAAAGUAUAUGACAAGCCAGUUCCUUCACAGUACACCCUUACAUCCAGAAAAUCAUUAGAGGACAGAUCCAUCAAAGCAGUUAAUUCAAUGUUGGAUGUACAUGAAAUGAUGGACUGGACCAUUCCUUCAACAUCAGCUAUAUUCCCCUUGAUUAUCAUGAAGAUGUCAUCGAUAUAGCGAACAUACAUUAGGAUGUUGUCCUUGUACGGUUCCAAAUUGUGUAUGGGUUUAAACAUGUACUUAUAUCCAUUGGCAUACAUGGGGUAUAUAGGGAAGGGUUUGCACUAUGUAUGUUAGUCCUGAUGAAAGUUUGUGGAUAACAAACUGAAACGUUGAUUUUUUAUGACAAGCUUAUUAAAAGCGAAGAUUUAUUUUACGAAGACCUGAGAGUGCUAUCUGGAUUACAUACACACACACACACAUAUAUAUAUAUAAUACACAAGAUGCAGCGCACUUACUUAUCUACCAAAUAGCAACUUCAAUGUUGACAGAUUUUAUUAGUUUAAAAAAAACCCACCUAAUCUAGGCAAAAAUAAUGGGGGUUUAGUUACAUUAUAUGAUCAUACAUUGCAUAAGCCUGCCACAAAGUCAAUGUACCCCAUCUGGUUAUAUAUAUAUAUAUUUAUUCUCUCUGUGUCCUUGCACACGCACUUGAAAUUUCAAAAUGCCUGGUGCACUUUAGCCAAUGCCACAAAUUAACAUACAAAUAUUGAAAAGGCAUGCACUCACAGUCUGUUUUUUUUCUUUUAUAAGGUUCCUUUAUUUUAUUCCUUUAAAAUGCGAUCGAACUGCUGUACUGAUCCUGAUGAAAGCCACGGAUGUUGGCUGAAACGUCGAUCGCAUUUUAAAGGAAUGAAAUAAAGGAACCUUUUUUUUUAAAAAAAAGAAGAACUUGAGUGCAAGCCUUUUCAAUAUUUCUAAUAACACAUAUAACAAAAAAACCUAAUAUACUCAAAUGAAAAAAAAAACCUGAAUACAAAUAUAAGAGAAUAAAUAUAAAUGACCUUAAAAGUGCAAAUGCAAUCAGGGUCAUGUGAAAAAUCAUUAAACAAAGCAGGCGGGUUGUAUAAUGACAUCUUGACAUAAAAAACUGCAUAUAUUUCAAUUUCUCCACAAUAUUGUGUAUCUUAAGGCUAUAAAGGAACAUUGUAAGAACACAAGGAGGAAGAUGUAAAUAAACAAAAUGACAAGCCGUUCCUCCAUUGUAAAGUGGUCAUGUGAUUGAGAUAUUGGUCACAUGAUGGUGAAAGUGAUCACUAAGAGAGCAGUCAUAAAGACUAGGUUAACAAGGUAACAAAUUAACUUGAUAUAUUACUAAUAACCAAAUAAGAGGGAAAAUAUAUUAAACCUUUAAGGAAAUAUCAGAGAUAUGAGUACAACUUAUCCAAAGAAGCUCAUUACUAUAUUAAAAAAAAUAAAGCAUGCCUCCCUUGAAACCCCCAUGUAUAUAUUGCAAAUAUUCAAUAUAAAUCUCAUAUCAAAAAUGUAAGUAAUUAAAAAAUUUUUUAUUAAAUAAAAUAUUAUAAUAUAAACAGUGCUAGUACACAAUGUGGUUAAAAUGUGACUAAAUAUAAAGUGCUAUUAACAGUGUAAAAUCUCAAGCGUAACAAAUAAUUAUUGUGCAACCUAUAUGAUUCCACUUAUAAAGUGACAUUGAAAACAUAAAGUGCAACAAAGUGCUAAAAGUGAUAUUAGUACCAAUAGUUCACAACUGUCAUACAAGGUAAAGAAUUAUAAUGAAUAAGCAAAUAUACAGAGCAAUGAGGAGUAAUAGAGCUAUACAGUGUUAAAUAACCCCCAGGGUCAUGCAAAUCAUACAAAAGAAUUAGGAUAUCAGAAAUAGAAGAUAAUAUAAUAAUAUUUAGCAUCAUAUCAUAAAAUGUAUUUCAUAAUAGACAUUUAAGCCCUGAUGUCUCACACUAUCCAUGUCAGGGUGGCGGUCCGGUGCCUGGACCAGGACCCAAUAUGCCUGAUGUUCAGAGUAGGAGUCACAGUGUGGAGGUGGAUUAGCAGGGCAACCACACGCCCCCUGGUGUUGAGCACCAGCGUUUGUGCAGCCACAUACCAAAACCCUGAUUAAGCUUAUGCGGAUCCCAGAAACUAGGAGCAGGUAAUUAAGCAGACCUCCCAGGAGCUGAAUAGGGAGGCUCUGCAGCAGGGAUGUAUCCAGUACUGAAGCAAGGCAAGACUAGAGAUAGGCACCAUACAAGAAAACAAGACCAAACUAGGAGAACAGGGCAAGACUAGAGAUAGGCACCAUACAUGAAAACAAGAGAAAACUAGGAGAACAAAGAACCAGAGCAGGACAGAAAGCAGAACAUGUACACAAGACAUGAGGAAAACAAGAACAUAACAUGGGCAUGACUGAACAGGACUGUACAUGGACUGGGAUUACAAGACUAAAUAAAACAAGAGGAGACAUAACUAAGCACUAAUUAUGAAAAGUAUGGGGAUUUAGUUACAUUAAAUGAUCAUACAUUGCACAAGCCUGCCAACAACGCCAAUGUACCCCAUAUCUGGCAGGUCCUACACUGCCUAAUGUAUGCUAAAACAACCAUACUAAACCACAAUAUAACACUUACCUGCAAGAAAGGGCAGAGACUUGAAACACUGCUGCAGUCCAGACUGAAACAAAAGGAAAGUGGAAAACAAAUGAGUGAGGCAACAUAAAACAAAUGAACCCAGAAACCCAGCAACAAAGAAGACCAGAAAACCAGAAAACCAAGCAAGGACAGCAAAAAGAGUACUGGAUACCAGGAGCCAUUGCCAGAAUGAUCCGCAGCAAGGAACAGGAUGUGACAGUCCAAGUCCCAGGUCCAAAACAUUCUGUUUUUGUAAAGGGACACUAUAGGCGCCCAGGUCACCACAUCUCAAUGAAGUGGUCUGGGUGCCAUGCCCCUGUCUUUUUUAACCUGCAACUGAAAACAUUGCCAUUUUGCGGGAAUGGUAAUGCAACAUAUACACAAAAUUGUUGUGUUAUGAUAUGUUAUAUGCUGGCUAUACAUCCUAUGCUUCAAAUAAAUGUUAUGCCAAUGUCUUUUCAAUCGAAAAGUACUCAGUAGUGAAGGGGCUAAGAUUGUACGAUUUUCCAUAAUAGUUGUCAAAUUCUGGGGAUCCAAAGUAUUUUUAUGUUCUGAGGAUUGUAGAAAAUAAAUCCUGGAGGUAACACCAUGUGAUUUAAGUUGUGCUGCCAAUGCUGCCCCUGUUCUAUUGCUUUGGCCACAGAAUUUGUAUUCAAGGCGUUUUAACAAGAAGGCUGUUUUGGAGAGCUCUAAGCACCUAAAGAAACUGAAGUGAUACAGUUGAGAAUCAGAAUCAGUAGAAGAAUUUGCUUUUAGGGAUGUGCAUGGGCAAAAAAUUUUUUGGGGCACUUACGAAAUUCGGGACUUUGCCAAUUUUGGGCUUCGGCAAUUCGGCACUUCGGUUCGACACUUAUGAAAUUUCGAACUUCGGGACUUCGGAAAUUUCCUAACCCUACUCCUAACCCUACCUCUCACAGUAAAAAAAAAACACUGUGGUUUUAGAACCAGCUGCGCAGAAGUGAAUUAUUUUUGUUUUUUUCUUUAAUAAUUUUUUGUUUCAGAGACCACUGUUUGGAUCCAUCAGGUGUAACUCCUGAACCCAUAGAUAUUUGCCAAUGGUGUAAAAGCUUGAGGUCCUGAUCUAGAGUAAAGAUGAGUUUGUCUUAAGAUGAGUUUGUUUCAUUAACUAUUAAUUUGAUGAUCACAGCCAAAGUGAAGAACACACUCAUAGAACUUCAAAAUAAACAAGAUAACGUAAUUUGUUUUUUAGAGCUGUGCAACACAUGCAUUCACCAUUUCAGUCCCAUUACCAAACAUUUCUUACUAUGUCAAGGUAGUUCGACUGAAACAUUGGUUAUAUGCAAAUACACGUCUCCUUAAAAUAAAUUUACUCUUCUGUUUACAUUGAAGCCCUACAAGCGUGAGGACUUCCAGUGUCAGUUAGGCAACUUUUGUUAUACUGUACUUUUCUAAAUAAACCUAUGUUUCUAUGAAAACUGACAUUUUGUUUUUUGUGCGGCUCACAUAAACGUAAACCUUGUUUAUUUGACCCGUCUUAGCCUUUGAGUUUGGCAUGCGUGUGCCAAAGAGUUGUGGGUAUCGAUGAGUUCCUCUGCCUUUCCUCCUAGUGUGUCAAAAGAUAUCAUAAGACAAAGUAGUGACUUUGUUUUAAGUAUUUUUCCUAAACUUGAAAAAAGACGGAGUUACCUUUUGUCAAGCCUUGUCAAGCCCUCAGCCAUCACAAGUGGAAAAAAGGAUGUUUCUGUGGAGGAUCUUGUCGGCUUCUGGCCUGCACUUUGAAGAUAAAUUAUAUUUGCACUUUUAAGGUAAUUUGUAUUUAUUCUAUAUUUUACACUAUGCUAUUCUAUUCUCUAUAACUACUACGGCGUGCUGUAGUGUGUAUGGCACUUGGAGUGUCCCUUUAAUAAUAUAGCAAGACAAAUGUUGGUCCAUAGUGUCAUCGAAGCUGCAGAGAUACAGUAUCUCACAAAAGUGAGUACACCUCUCACAUUUAUGUAAAUAUUUUAUUCUAUCUUUUCAUGUGACAGCAUGUCUCCAGACCUAAACCCUAUUGAGCAUCUGUGAGGCAUCCUCAAAUGGAAGGUGGGGAACGCAAGGUCUCUAACAUCCACCAUCUCCGUGAUGUCAUCAUGGAGGAGUUGAAGAGGGCUCCAGUGACAACCUGUGAAGCUCUGGUGAACUCCAUGCCCAUGAGGGUUAAGGCAGUGCUGGAAAAUAAUGGUGGCCACACAAGAUAUUGACACUUUGGGCCCAAUUUGGACAUUUCCACUUAGGGGUCUACUUUUGUUGCCAACGGUUUAGACAUUAAUGGCUGUGUGUUGCGUUAUUUUGAGGGGACAUCAAAUUUACAGUGUUAUACAGGCUGUACAUUUACUAGUUUACAUUGUAGCAGAGUGUAAUCUAUUCAGUGUUGUCACAUGAAAAGAUAUAAUAAAAUAUUUACAAAAAUGUGAUGAGUGUACUCACUUUUGUGAGAUACUGUACAUGUUCUCCCUUAUGUAAAUUCCCAGAUGAGACUACUUGCAUUCUUAUCCUCACCCUGUGUCUAGAAAAGAGCAUAUCAAAGCCAUUGAGGAGGAGUAGAUUAUGUAAGCAUACAUAUCAUUUCUUUUUGUGUUUUCACUGGUAUUAUUCCCAGUCAGAGGGAUUGAAUUAAGGGUCACAUAACUCAAGCAUAUGAUGCAUUGCAGUUACAACCAUAAUAUUGCCCUUUAACACACUGUGAAACUUGACUCUCUUUUCAAUUACCAGAAGAACAUUUGGAGUUUACGAGAACUAUCCAUCUUAUUUUAUCUUUGUAAAGUCAUGCAUAGAAAUAAAAUAUUCUUUACUAUUGACUUUAAUGCUUCAUUUUCUAAUUAUAUUUUACUUUAUCUAUCAUGCCAUUUAUAAAAUAAUUAAUUAUGUUGUUACAUGGUUUCAAAUGGUUAUUGUCCAUUAAUUGUCAACCAAUUUAGUCAGUUUGAUAAUAAUAUACACUAUAUAUUUAGGGAGGUUGGAAAUUAAGCCAAAUUGUAGUAAAAACAAAUCAAAGGAAUAGAUGUAAGUCAAAAUCUAAUACCAAUAUUCUUGAGUUCAAUUAACCAGGCAAAUUCAUUAACUAAUUUAGAGACAGAUUAUCCCUCCGCAGAAGCAUAUGGGGUGAGGAAAGGAUUAGGGAAAAUGUUCCUUUCGUUUUUUUCAUAGGAGAACUAAUCACAGAUCUCGUUAGAAUAGGCAUGAAUUCAACAGUUUUAUUUUACUUGUGAGAGAUACUGUAAUAAUGAGAGGUGCUAACACUCAAGUUUCAGUGGUCACAAUUCUGUUGAAGAGGAGUUAUCAAUACUUGGGCAGACUAGAUGGGCCGAAUGGUUCUUAUCUGCCGUCACAUUCUAUGUUUCUAUGUUACUUUAAUAGAACUAUUGGACUCUUCUCUGAUUCACUAUCUAAAAAAGAAUUAGCACAUGAAAAGAACUAACACCACAAACAUCAACUUUAUUUCCUCAAUUAGUGCUAGGCUUCCUCAUUCGUGAAUACUGGACCCUUGUGUUAUAGGAGUUUUAGGUACAUUGGCAACAGAUUUACUGGAAUCUUCAGAAACCUGAUCAGACAAGAACUGGACAUGUCGGGACUUGUCACUGCCGAGUGACCGCUUACAAGACAAUGGAUUUCUACAAAGUUCAGGCUAUUCCUACUGCUCCAUUCUGCCCAAUCUCCUGGAUAUCUCUUUAGGAAACCAUAUUUUCCCCAUGACCAUCCUUAGAUAUCUUUCUUCUGUGAUCACAUAUUUUCUCAUUUCAGAGUUUUGCCGGUAGUCUUUUUUAGCCAGACUUCAUUAGCAAAAUUGUCUUGAUCAAGUAUAAUUAACAUUUAUUGAAAAUGAUAAAAUAUGCUGUUAUUAAACACAUUAGGAGCAUAUGGAUUGUUUGUUUGUUUUAUUUUGCUCCUGGCCCAAUUGUAGAUGUAUUCUUUAUAAUGUUUACUGUAAGACAGCACAAUAAAUCUAGGAGACAGAACGAAAAAACUAGACAUUGGCUCAUUACUAAUAAAGCAAAAAUGGAAAACAAUUAAAGCGAGUAUAGAGAAAUCACACUCCAAGGUGCAUUCAUUAAACCAUGUAUUGUUGGGCAUUCACUUGGGAAUUGCUAAUUGCAAGCCAAAAUUUAAAAGAAAAGAUAAGCGGGAUAUUUUAUCCCACUUGACUAGUUUGGCCUAAAACUUGUAAAGUAUGUAAUGUGUAACAUUUCAGCAGUUCUCAGUUUGGUGAACAAACCCGUUUAUUUCAUCAUAAUGUUUGUUUUUUGGGUUUUUUAUAACUGAAAACCAUGUAUACAUAUAGGCAAAAAUAUAAACCGUUCGCCACUGUAUACUGGCAUGGCAAUAUAAAAUAUAUGUAAAAUAAUAUGUUAUACUGUAAACAGAAAUAUUAAGUGACAUAAAGCGAUUAAGAUUAAAACCAGAAGUUUAAUAUCUUUGCAGCAAACAAGGUAGGAAUUUAGCGUGCAUAUUGUGUUGAUUGCCAUGAAAGGACUUUGGAAUUGACCCAUGCCAAAAAGGAGGUAACGUGUUUUAACAAUUGUGUAGUCACCUAUAUACUUCAGGAUCAGAUGAUGCAGCACAUUGCUUAUAACAUUUUAUAAACUUCAGUUUUUCCAUCUUCCUUUUGUGUCAGUCUCAUUUACUUUCACGGCCGGAAUAACACUUUAUAAGGCUCUUUACUGUGCUUCUUAAACCUAGACUAUUAGUGGUUUCCUCUGGCUGCUUACUGGGAGGUGUGGGGGCAGGAUCUGCAUCAUGCAGUGACAAGUCUUGGAACCAAAUGAAUAACAAUGUGACCACAGCACGCUGCAUCUGGGAUACUUACUCAUCUGGGCCUCCUUAACCAACACAUUGCUGGUGUGACCACAAAGGCAAAACUGUUGACUAGCGGUGCAGCCCUGUGUUUGGCAUGGCUCUGCAUUGUUCUCUGGAAUAUAUGCCAGAAUGAUAGUGGACAGGUGUACCUUUAAAAAAUGUGGGUGCCAGUUUCUUUUUUUCUUUUAGUCAUUUCAGGAAGGGAAAUGUUUCCCACCUUGCUACAUACAUUUCUAAUAUAUUUCUUUUUUUAUCUGAACCAUUAUAUGAUAUUUUCUUUUAUUAUGUUGUACAAUAUCACAUGAAAAAAAAAAAACACUAUUCAUAGUUUAAUAGCAAAGAUAUCAUGUAACUCCUACCCAAACAAUGCAUUUUCGAAUUGGCAUUUGGCAUGGCUGUGAUUAUAGAAUUUCUGUAAAUAAUUACCUCCAUUUUAGAUGUCACUUUGGGUUAGAGGUUACAGGUUAGGAUCACAGCUAAGAUCAGUGUUAUUUGUUUACUUGUUGCAGUUCAGUUCAAUUUUUUACACAUUACUAUAUCUAUUCCAAUAAGAUGCAUGCAAAGGGAAAAUGUGUUUAUGGUAACUUGACUGCCUCUUUAAGAGAAGUCACUUUCCACAAAUAUUUAAAAUCAUGUGGGAAUCUCAAAUGAUAAGGCUUGUAGAUAACAAAGAUAAUGGUAUACCAGAGGACAUCGGAAAGCAGCCAUUUGUAUGACUUUUAUGUAAUUUACGUUUAUGUGUACACGUACAUGAAUUUGUCUACUUCCUUUUUGCCAUGUUUAUGUUUUUUUAUUUUUAGCUGACUAAUAGUUGACAUGUAUAUGAACAAUCAGGCAGAGCAGAUGUGGUUUUGAACAGAUACAAAGGGUAACAAACAAGUUGGCUUACAGAAAGAAAUGGCCACAAAGCACCAAUCUAACCUAUCUAGCUAGAAGAUUGGCAGACAGGCAAGAUAUCAAACAAUUCCCCUUGGUCUCCUGAACCUAAUGGUGCCUCUUUUAUGGUUCUGUGAGCUCUGAUUGGUCCAGUAUUAAACAGAUCAACCCCUACACAAUCAGAACACUGUAUUUGUGCUCUGCCCCCAUUUUUCUCCAAUUUUUAAAUAUCCAAAUGUGUAUAAUUAUUUUUUCCAGUGUAUGAUCUGAAGUUGGAUUGUGGAAGGAGUGGAUUUUGUUCAAAAUAUUUAUUUAUAGAACAUGGAGCAUUUGCCUGGAAGAGACUUCCAAGAAGGCUUACGAUGUGCUGAAGAAGAAAUAAGAAAAAUAAGCAUAACAUAUUAAAAUGACCACAUUAAUUAAUUAUCAUAUAUUAUGAGAAUCUAUAUUUAAAAAUUGUAUGCGUUUUAAUUUUUUGUCACAGACCACGUCAUUGUGUCAUUUUGUCAAAAUUAGUAAAUAUGCAUGGAAAUCUUGGGCAGGCAAGUGUCAAUAGUACCACAGAUACACACUUGUGAAGUUCCAAAAGAGCAGGUAGAAUUUCAGUACUAACUUCCCUUUUAAGAAAUGUUCUGCAUUUAACACUUGUUCUUUGUCCUAUUGCAGACUUUCCGCCUCGAGGUUAAACUAAAUCAUAACAGCUAAUUAUUAGAGAUGUGCAUUCAAAGAAUUGUUGUUUCAGUUUGUUCAUUUGAUGCAAACAUUUUCUGCUUUGGCUUGUCAGAAAUUAAUUCACAUAUCUAUUUAGUUAGUCUGAAAUUCUGUAAAAAGCUUUCAUUCAACUAUUAAUCCCUGUGGAAAUGAAUAAUUCCUGUUUGUAAAACAGGGAUAAUGCAAACUUAAAAGCAAAAUAUAUUACUUUUAUAUAAAGGCCAUGCAAUGUAUGCAUAAGCAAUGUAAUGCACUUACAGCCAGAGAAAAUAAGACUUAUUUGAAUAUUUGCAUAAUAAAAAUCUGAAAAUAAAUAAAUGGAAGCAAUAUAUAUAUAUAUAUAUAUAUAUAUAUAUAUGUGUGUGUGUGUGUGUGUUCCAUCAUGGAACAUAAUGGAGGAAUUAUGUUGUGAGCUGAGGGAAAGAUGGUAAAGUGAUACAUAAAUACACACUCAAGUCGUAUUGUCCUUAAUCUUGAGAGUAGAGACAGAGAGAGUCUAAGGAAAAAGGAAAAAUUGGACUCUACGCAUGUUCCUGCUUUGGAAAUAUAAGAGGGAUGUAGGGGAACAAAAUAUGUGAACUGACUGACAAUGAAGUUAGUUAAAGGGACACUAUAGUCACCAGAACAACUACAGCUUAUUGAAUUUGUUCUGGUGAGUAGAAUCAUUACCGUCAGGCUUUUUGCUGUAAGCCCUGUCUUUUCAGAGAAAAUGCAGUUUUUACAUUACAGCCUAGUGAUUACUUCACUGGCCACUCCUCAGAUAGCUGUUAGAGAUCCUUCCUGGGUCAUGGCUGCCUAAAAUGCAUCCAAUAAUUCAGUGUCUCCUCCCUCUGCAUGCAGACACUGAACUUUCCUCAUAGAGAUUCAUUGAUUUAAUUCAUCUCUAUGAGGGGAUGCUGAUAGGCCAGGGCUGUGUUUGAACUGUGCUGGCUCUGCCCCUGGUCUGCCUCCUUGUCAGUCUCAGCCAAUCCUAUGGGGAAGCACUGUGCUUGGAUCUGAUGAUAUCACCAGACGGCUUGCUAUUCUGAGGCAAAACAGCAUGCAGAGCUACAGCUUCAGACUUGAAUACAGUAAUAUUUUGCAAUAUUUAGGGAGUCAUGAGGGGCCCAGGGGGGCUAGAUGGUGGUUUUAACACUAUAGGGUCAGGAAUAUAUGUUUGUGUUCCUGACCCUAUAGUGUUCCUUUAGGUGAAGCUGACAUAGCACACUGUGCAAAUGCUCUUGUGCAAUGUGGCAUGUCCUCUCUCUUUUACACUCACCACAUCCACCUUUUCUCUGUCCCAGACUGCAUACCAAGAUCUUAUGUCCACUAAUAAGAAGGCAAGGAGAGUAGUGAGCAAGUGAGUGCUGGGGAACAGUCCCCAGAAAGCAUAGAGUGAGUGCAUCAUUAGCAUUUGCACCAAGCUCAGAGCACUGUCUGCAUAGUGCGCCCUUAGUUGGCCAGCCACAAUAAUUGGUGGGCAUCUUGACAUGCAAUCACGCCAGGCUGACCUUUUUUUUCCGGACAGACAUACCCCCUUUGUGGGCAUGUUUGCCUGAGAAAUGAAAGCGAGAUAUUGGCAUAAGGUAUGUGUCUUCUUAUGGGUUGCAUCCUGCAAGUUUCUCUCCAUUACUACUUCCAUCAGAUACAUGAGGAGGUAUGUUUUAGUGUUUUCUCUCGAUAGGAGUUUGUAAUUAGGCCCAUUCUAAUUCUCAGCACCAGGCAAAAUGGGUUCUUAGGAAAUUAAUAAAUAUAAGGAGGAUAAGCUUUUGUUAAUAAAACAGUAGGUUACCUAGAGCAGCAAUCACCGAGAAAGGGAACUGAAUUUAGACCUAAUUUAGUUACCAGAUUUCUACGUAUGAAUGUUGCUAUCUGAACUACAUCUCUUAAAGUUCUCAAAGAGCUGUGCUUCCGGAUGACAAUUACGUUAGUGGACACUGCAGGUUAGGAGGGCGAGACAAAGGGGUGAAACAUACAUAGGUACAAUACCAGAAGAAGGACAUUUCUAAAAAUGGGAACCACGGAAGCAGGAUUAAGUUGCAAAUUAAAGCAGCACCAGUUAUUGACUGGUAGCUCUGCCCAGUUUCUUUAAGUGUCAGGCAUAGGAAAUAUACAGACACAAAGAAGUCCAUACUUUGUCUCAGUAUAUCUUCAGUGGAAUUCUAACUUUCUCUUCUAUUCAAUUCUAAGGUUCUAAAUACUCAUUUAUCAGAGGGUAGGGGACAUUGCUGCUGUAAUAUAUACAAUGUCCUUUGUAUAGCAAAUAUAAAAUUGGACAUGAAAAAAAUACAGCAAAUUAUUUACGUUGAAAUAUGUUAAAUGUGCAAAAGUUGUGUUGGUGCCUGAUGUUCCUUUUGUUUGACAGCAUUAAGUCUGCAACUCCUACAAUUUUCAUAAUUUUGCUGUUCCUAUCUAAAUCUCCAUUUGUUUGUUUGUUUGUUUUUUCAGUUAAAUUGCAGAUACAAGCAGAAGAGCGGGGUGUCGUUUCUAUCAAAGGAAUUGGUGCUAACCGCUACCUGGCAAUGAAAGAUGAUGGCAGAUUAGUAGCAUUGGUGAGUAUGUGUUAAAUUACAGUAUAUUUAAUAUCUGGUGCACCAUCAACAGGAUGUAGCUUUUAUAUAACACCAUCAUUCAUACAUUGAAUAAUAACAAUCAUUCUUUUAAUGUUCUUUUUUGAAAAUUAUACAACUGAAUAAAACAUUCAAAAUGAACAAAAACUUGCAAAUGAGUAUAUUGCAAAUGAGUAGGAGAAACAGAAAUAUUGUGAUGGCAACUACCUAAUCACAGGGCAAAAGCUCUGUGAGAAGGUGUUAACUGGAGACUAACACAGAAUAAAUUAGUGGAUAUUCAUCAAUUGUACACUACACCUCACACCACACAUCACAUGUGUAAAUGAUCAGAAAAGUAAUCCAAAGCCAAAUGGCUAUACCUCUAUGAAAAGUGUAGAAAGGAAAGAAACUGUUUUGUUUUUUUAAAUGUCCUAUAUUGUAUGAGACUGAUUCAUUGCAUAUAGUUUUCUAUAAUCAGUCCACCUUAAAGGAAAAUUAUAGUGUCAGGAAUACAAAGGUGUAUUCCUGACACUAUAGUGCUGGUAUUGCUGUUUAGGAUCCUGUCACCCCUGACUGUGCAGCGAAAAGGUGAGUUUAUACACCAUUUUUCCCAUGCCGCAUCAGUAUUGCCUUGGCUGGCCCUGUUUGGUCCUGCCCCCAUUGGUGAGAUCAUCAGUCUUGAUAAUCUCAGCCAACCCAAUACUUUACAAUAGGAAAGCAUUGGGAGGCUAUCGUGUAUGGACAGAAAAACGCUUUACAGCAUCAAUCAGCAUCUCCUCCUAGAGAUGCAUUGAAUCAUUGCAUCUCUAUUGGUAAUGUUUAGCACCACCAUGCAGAGCUUGGAGGUGCUGAAUGCCAGUGCUGUAUACAAGUUUCUGUUUGAGUGAUGGCCACUAGAGGUGUUCCAAGGCAGUGUUUACAGUGCUAUCGCUGCAAGGACAUGCUGUAGACACCAGAACCACUAAAUCAAGCUGUAGUGGUUCUGGUGACUAUAGUGUCACUUUAAAGUUCAAAUCUGGUAAUUUUGGCUGAUUUAUUUGUUAUUCUAUUUCAAGGUGUCCAAGAACUGAAAAUAAUGUAGAAUAAUGCAAUCCUGUUAACAAUCCACAGCUUCCUACACUUGAAUGGCGUGAGCAAGUUAAAUGUCAUAUUAUUUGACUCAUGCAUCCAAGAAUGAAUUUAACAGAUGUUGGUUGGAUUUAUGCCAUAUACAAAUAUAGAACAUAAACAUGAAAAAACUGUGCUGUAUAGAAUAGCUAUUAAACUAAAUGAGGAAAUGUAAUAGUUUGGGGAUUAGAGCUCUGCCUCAGAGCACAUUAGCUCAGCACUGUAGCAACUAGGCGCUUUACACUCUAACAUUCUAUGGAAAACAGGAGAAUCAGAGCUAAGCUAGACGUGCUAUACUGGAACUCUGUGGCUUGGGUGGCUGCCAUUUAAAGACCUAUGUCAGGAAAACCCACCACUCCUACCCAGCUUCAUGCAAUUUGAAAAGUCAUGGCGUAGCUUAAAAACACUGCUAAAAUACUGCUGAGGAGAUGAGAACCUCUAGCUUUUCUAAAUGCACACAAGUUUCCAUCUUCCAAAAUGUUCCAGCAUUCUAGGCAGUAGGUGAAGACUUCCUCUGAGUGUCCACACUGAUCUGUUACUGACCUCUGUUUAUGUGAUUGCUGACUCCUUCGUUCACCAUAUUCCAUUACCCAUAAAUUCCCAAUAAAUAACACAACACCAUGUUACAUGGGUAAGAGCAACGGCCACAGCUUUAUUUAAACCGGCUAGUUUUACCCAGCAGACAGGUACACUUUAAACUUCUUCCAGAGCCUCUUCAGUCUGUCCUUCGUCAUCGACCAAAUUCAGGCUGCGACUGCCCAAGCCAGUCUUGGCAUUAUUCAUUUACCACACCCCUACUGGUAACCACUAUCAUCCACUUCUAAUGCGUGCAACACAGACUUAAGAACCGAUCAGUGUGCAUGCAGCAAAAAGGAACCUCCAGCACUGGGACGAACCUCCAGAUAAUGACCCACUAAAACAACUGGACAAUAGAUGCCACUGGUGGCUCCAACCCUAACCACUACCCCUUUGGUUGGUUUUAGAUCGCUGAAUCAAAGAUUUCACUUAAUUUUCACACCAAAGAACAUUCUGCCCUGAACUCUAGAAGUAGGAGCCACCAAUUUGCAAAGUUGCAUAGAAAACACAUUGAAAGAGCCACCCGGAACAAGACACUACCAGGCUCCCACAGCCGUGUUCACCAGUAGUCUGGUAACUUUCCCAGAACUCCCCGCUUCCAACUGUCAAACCAACUGUAUCCUUUGGUUGCUAUGCCAACCCAUCAGGGCUGUAGUCAUGCUCCCCCCUCCCUAUUCACUCUGGGGAUUGGUCUGGAAGGCAGAGUCUGCUGAGGAAAGCCUAUAACAUUCUAUAAUGGAGAACAUGGUUUCUAAACUCGAUUAUCUUUUUGUCUGUAUCUCAAGACAGCAGAAACCGAGCCAUUCUCUAUUUACCUUUUCAGACCUUAAUGUAAAAACUAUCCUGUUUGUGUGGAUUUCUUGUACAAGGCUAGUAGGGGUCAUCCACUACUUAUAGUGGUUGUCUAAUGGACAGGUGCUAAAGGCAUACAGAAACUCAAAAUGUAAACACAGCAAUACUUACACUAUUCAUCCAGCAGGGCUCCAGGACCACUACAUUAAAGGGACAACCCAGACCCCUAAUGGACUUUAGCUUGAAAAGCUUUAUGUGGGAAGAGUGUGUUUUAGUUUGUUCAUUUUACAAAAAGUGAAGAUUUCAGUAGAAAUUGCCACUUGUACAAAUUAACCUGAUUACACCCGCUCUGGCUUUCAAGCAGACAACCAGUCCUGUUACUUCCUGGUUGUUUAGCUCAGUGGAGCUAAACUCAAUUGCCCAGAGCACCUGCCUUGCAAAGAUUUCUUAUUAAGCUGUAUUGGAAAGUCUGUGAUUGGACAGUCACAGAAAGUCUGGGCUAAACAGUGAUAUCUAUUUAUUUUGUAUUUGGGCACUGGAGUGUCCCUUUAAGCUGUAGUAGUUUUUGUAAAGGUAUUUCCAGUUAUAUCAUUCCUGUCAUUGCGAUAUGUUUGUAACUUUGUAUAUUACUAUUUUUAUUUUUUAAAGAUAAUAUAGUGCUAUUAAUUUUAUGAAAUGUCUCCUUCAAUUGAACUGUGACCAGUAUGCCCUUUGAAAAUAAAUAUUUUUGCUAACAAGAAUACCUACAAAGGGAUAUUCACAAAAGUGUGAACUAUUGGUAAUUCAAAGUGAAUUUUAACAUUUUAAGUCAAAGCAGCUCAACUGCAAGUAUUAGGUGUCUUGAAAAAUAAUUAGGUUGGUUGGGAAUAUAGGAGAGUUGGGUAAUUUUGCCAAUUUAUCCAUCUGGGCCUCAGUUUUAAAACGCACUGUAUGAUGAACAAAUGUGAUUUGUCAGUUGUUGCCAGUGUCUAACAAUAGAAAUCCAUCUACGUUUUUUGUAGCACUUUUUAUAACGGAAUUUAAUGUAAUGAAACCACAAUUGGUUGCAUUCAAGGUUUUCAUCUCACUAAAAUAUAUAUUGGCAUUUAUUACAUUUUAUCCAGUGUAAUAUUACUUUCAAAUAGUGACUUCUAAUAUGCUAGAUUUGUAGCAUUGUAAGUUACUUUUGGAAUGCCUGAAGACAGACACUGCUCAUGUAAGACUUUAUUCAGAGAGGCUAGUGUAGAAAAUAAAAUGAUCAAAUAUAGGGCUUGGCAGACGCAUUAACAUGCUAAAUACAGAAGCUGGUGUUUAAGUUUCAUUCCGUAUAAUAGGCUCCUUAUUCCAUGGGGCAGGACGGCUUGUGUUUGUAAUGCUGGAAGUAGUCAACAAAUGCAAAAGGAUCUUAAAAACUUUCUACAAUGUAAGCACUGCUUUACCAAAAACCACUUGUAUUUAAAAAUAUGUUUUGUGUAAAAUAUUUUACAAUUUAUAAAUUUCAAAUUAUUAAUUAAUGUACUUAUUUAAGCACCCUAUAUCCACUAAAAUGCCACAUAUAUAAAUAUGUUUGUAUAUAUUAUUAUCAUUAUUAUUACAAUGUAGUCCGAUGUAUAUAAUAAUCGAUCUAUCACCAUGUUCAUUACUAUGUACAUAAAAAUACAUUGCAAGAAUAAUGUAUAAAGACAAAUGCAAAUCAUGUUAUGGAUGCACCUGUAUGCAUACUGGGCUGCAAUCAGGGGGAUACAGCCCCUACACAUAUAGUGGGCCCAGCAAGCCUGGCCCCUAUAUCCACAGUGGACUGGGCUCCUUACUUACACACCUGGGUGAGGGAGAUCAAACAUCUUCCUUCCAAAUCUUUGCUCAGCAUGGGCCCCGAAGACUCUCAGCUGUCACCUCUGUGGAAGGCCCUCAGAUUACUAGAAUCAGUGACUCAUCAAACAAUGUUCAUUAGAUACAGACCAUUAUUUAUUAAGAUUUUGUGCAAAGAAGGAUAUUACAAAAAUAGAUUCACUUAGAAUCAAUGUCUCUUCUAAUGAAACUAUAGGACCUUCCAAAAUUGGCUCUGGAAAAGCUAAGCUGUGACAUACUAUUUAUUAUCCAUAUUAAGCAUAUGUUACAGAAUAUUUAAUUGGCAUUGGUGGUAGUAAGCUGGGUACUUGUUUUAGGCUAUGGCCAAUUCUUAGAAUUAAUUCAGUUAAUUUCAGGGAUCAUUUCUGGGUUUUAUGUAAGUCAUCCAAAUCUUAUGAUUGGUACUUGAGUCACGAUCUCAGUAUACAGAAGUUUAAAUAACAGUACACCCUUUGUAAAAGGUGAUGCUGAGGUUUCAGUUAUGUUAUUUCAUUUUCCACGUUUAGAUUCAUGUUCCUAAUUUCUUUUCCGGCAAUAAAAUAUAUCACAACAAAGAAAAUGUUUCGAUUUUGUUAUACCAUUGUGUGUUGCCGUGGUUGUAAAAAAAUAAGGUCACGUCAUGGAAAUGUUUCUGUUUUCUGGGCUUCUUCAACGACUAUGAUCUUGUGUGGGUGUCAUAACAUCCCAAACAUGACUUCAUUAAGAGUUUCCAAGUAUUUCCUGAAACCAGUAAUACAUUUGGGUAUAUUAAUUUUGCUGUAGCCUGUGUUUGCACUAACAUACCAUUAAAAAUAAGACUUCUGCCGGCCAAACUAUCAAACCAUAAUGGGUUCACUGACAAGUCACUUACGUUGUAUUUUAGUUAAGUCUGCCCAUUUUAGUUUAGCCUUCACUCUUUUAUAUGUAUUUUUAUGUUUUUAAUCUGAAGGUCAUAUUUUAUACAGCUAUUUUCCAUGUGUGUUAAUAAGUAAUCCCUCUUCCACUGUUCCCUUCUCGCUUACAUCUCCAGUCUUAUAUACAUGUUUUCCACCAGUUGGUCUUUUUGCAUAGUCCACCAGUGCUUAUAUUCCUAUACCAUAAAUUAAAUUUCUCCAAUUAAUUCCCCCAGUACCAUAUUGCCCUUUGCCCAUUUCAUCUUCACAAGCCUUUCCCCAAGACAUCAUCAAACUGCUUCCAUCUGGUCCAUAUACCAUUCUCCCUAAACUUCCCCUGCCCUUUUUCUUUCAUUUAAAACCUGCCAUAUCUUGAAGGUCAGGGUCAGGCCAAGACAUUGGUCCUUACUAAAUACAGUUUAUGUAAUUAAAAUGUAAAUCAGAACAGAAAAAUAGAUUUUUGGCCCAAAAUAAGAACUGCCCCUCCUAAAUAGAGCUUACAUUUUAAAUUUCAAUUGUCACGUUAGCGAAUAACCCUGUAAGUUUGGUUCUCCCAUUAAAUUUUGGUGAUAUAAUUCACACACUAAGAAUGGAAAAUAAAAAUGCCAAAACAAAAAUAUGCUAUGGUAAUAAAACCUGGGAAAAGCUGGAAGUGGAAUACUGCUAGUAAUAAUAAUGUUACUGUAAAGUGAAUGAAUAGUACUGAAAUUGUUUCUAAUAAACCGCUUUUCAAUUUUCUUACCGUUUGGGACCAGGGCUGUUUUUACAUUUCUGCUCUUGUGUUUAGCUGGAAUUUUACUCUUACUCAUUUACUGUACCCACACAUAUUAUAUACCGUUUUUCUCGCCAUUACAUGGUAUUUCUAAAGAUACCAUUAUUUUCAUCAUAUCAUAUAAUUUACUAUAAAAAAUUCUAAAAUAUAAUGAAUUAAUUUUUUAAAAACACACUUUUUCUAACUUUGACCCCCAAAAUCUGUUGCACAUCUACAACUGCCAAAAAACACCCAUGCUAAAUAGUUUCAAAAUUUUGUCCUGAUUUUAGAAAUACCCAAUGUUAACAUGUUCUUAGCUUUUUUUUUUUUUUGCGCAAGUUAUAGGGCAAUAACUAUCACUUUGCUAUUUCCAAACCAUUGUAACACUGAUAUCUUUCAUGAAUCCCUGAAUAAUCCUUCACAUGUAUAUAUUUUUUAAAAUAAGACAAUCUAAGGUUACACUUGGGGUAUUUUGACUCGUUUCAUGCUCUUUUCAUACAACCAUUUUACCACCAAUCUUUGCCUCUUCUCCUUUCUUUAGUGAUGGUACAGGAUCUGGGUCCAGGUUACUGCCAACUGGUAAGACAAAAUGGUUAACUCAAGUCACCAGCUCUCGACUAAGCCACUCAGUCUCUUGCUAGAAAUGAUCCCAGCGUCCAUUUCAGAGGCAGCCCGCCUACUUGAUCCAUUCCAUUUCAACUACUCCAUAGUUAUAGCUUAGCAUAUAUGUGUUUCAGCCACAACAUUAAAAACACUGACAGGUAAAGUGAAUAACAUUGCACCUGUCAAUGAGUGUUAUAUAUUAGACCGCAAGUGAACAGUCAGUUUUAGAAUUUCACGUGUUGAAAGCAGGAAAAAUGGGCAAGCAAAAAGAUCUCAGUGACUUGGACAAGGGCUAAAUAGUGAUGACUAGACGACUGGGUCAGAGCAUCUCCAAAAUGCCAAGUCUUGUGGGGUGUUCCCAGUAUGCAGUGCUUAGUACCUACUGAAUGUGGUGCAAGGAAGGACAACCAGUGAUCCUAUGUCAGAGUCAUUGGGGCCCAAGACCCAUUGAUGCAUUUAAGGAGUAAAGACUAGCCUGUCUGGUAUAAUUACACAGAAGAGCUACUGUAACUCAAAUUGCUGAAAAACAUACUGCUGGUCAUUAUAGAAAGGUGUCAGAAGAAACAGUGCAUCACAGUUAGCUGUGUCCAUCGAUGAAAGUGCCUUAAAUGGGAAUCAGAGGGUCAGAACUGGGCCAUGGAGCAAUGGAAGAAGGUUGCAUGGUCUGAUGAAUCACGUUUUCUUUUUGGACCACGUGGAUGGCUGCAUACGUUUCUGUUGUCUAUCUGAAGAAGAGAUGGCACCGGAUGCACUAUGGGAAGGAGGCAGGGUGGCGGAGGCAGUGUUAUGCUUUGGGCAAUGUUCUCCUGGGAAACCUUGGGUCCUUGCAUUUAUGUGCAUGUGAUGUUACUUUGACAUGUACCACCUACCUAGAGAUUGCUGCCAACCACUUACUCUCCUUUGUGGAAAUGGAAGUGGUUAGCAGGAUAAAGCACCUUACCAUACUGCAAAAGUUGUUCAGGAAUGAUUUGAGGAACAUGACAAAAAAGUUUAAGGUGUUGCCAUGGCCUCCAAAUUCCGUAGAUUACAAUCCGAUUGAGCAUCUUUAGGAAGUGCUGUAACAACAAAUCCAAUGCAGUGAGGCUCCACCUCGCAACUUGCAGAACUUAAAUGAUCUGUUGCUAAUAUCUUGGUGUCAGAUACCACAGGACACAUUCAGAGGUCCGUGCCUCGAAACAUUAGAGCUGUUUUGGCAGCACUAGGGUGAUGUACAUGAUAUUGGGCAGGGGGUUUCAAUGUCAUUGCUUAUCAGUGUACAUAUGAGUAGUGUAUGGUCACCCCCUAACCUUUUUAGAGCGCUAUUUAUUGAAUAGUACCCUUGUCCACUAGAAUUUGAUCUAGUGUAAUACAAAAUGUCAGUACAUUGUCACCCCUUCCAUAACUCCAUUUAACUGAUACAUCUAUUGUAAAUAUUUUAAUAAUUCUUUUGAACUCAUUGACAGCACGGAAUCUAUUCUGGAGCCUGGAAAGUGGAGUAGGUUAAAGCAUGUGUUAAUGUUUUCCCGGCUUUUGAUCCUUGGAGAUGUAUUCAAUCCACAAAUGAAAUGCUUUCCAUGUGGUUUACAUUUUCUUGCUGGAUCCAAUACUUCUGUCUUAAUCACCAAGAGAAACCCCCAGCGUGUGAUUACAGUAUUAGUAGCCUUGGAUUCAUCUAGGUACACUGCCAGUGUAACUCAGCCGUAAUGCGGUUUAUACAAAAUCUCUAUUAUGUUGUAAAUCAUGUCGCAUUUUUACUGAAACAUUUAUUAGAGUUAUAGUUGUUUAUAUGUUACACAAUAAUACAUGUUAAGUUUCUACAGGAAGUAUGUAAAGUAAAGUGAUUGUCUCCACUGGAGAAACCGCAGUUUUGGCAACCAUUGUGCUCAUACUGCAUUUGAGUAGUUAGAUUUGUAGUGUGAUGAAUUGCUAUACAAACUCAUCUACUAACAGUGCUGGAAGUAGUUUAAAAAGAUGGAUGAGGGCAAUGUUGAUAAACCAUAUAAGUGAUUUAAAGGGUUAUUCCAACCCUUUUUAGCUUAACACGUUUAACUAGCCUCUGGCACACAAGUGCAAAUAACUCUGUAUACAUACAGAUUUCUACUACCAUGACCAUUUCUAAAAACAGAAGUGUUCAUGGUGGUUGGAGUCUCUAUGUGCAGUGUGAAACAUUGCACAUAAGGAGAUUAACUGCUCUGUUGCUGGACUUGUAACUCCACCUCCAGCAAUGUCAGUGGGGUGUCAUUAUCCAGCCCAGAACAAGAAUUCCAGAUUGGCUAAUGUGAAUUCUGUGCAAACUUGUUGUCUGAUUCCAGCACGCACAGCAUGUUGGUACUAGAUAACCAAUGUGGGACUUAACUACCCAAUCCAGUGGAGAUUAUUACUUCUCCCCCAGUUUUGACUGUGGUAUCUUUUGUGCCAUCCUAUAUUGUUCCUAGAGAGUGCGUAUUGAGCUACACACAAAGUAAUACAGAAUGCUGUAUCACCAUCAUAGCAUUUUGCAAUCGUCUCAUAUAUUGUUAAAUUGUACCCUUUAUAAUAUUGUAAAGUACUGCUAUAUAUAAUAAGUUGGCGCUAUAUAAAUGUAAAUAAUAAUUAUAAUGAUAUGAGAUAACCUCUGAGUGGUGUCUCUUAUUGACAUCAACCUAGGGAUGUAUAUGUGUUCCUGCCUGUAAUGCACAUACUCAUCACUUUUCAACUUGUAAACUGUUUUUGUAUUUACUUUCAAUACAUUCCAAGCUGAGGACUGAGCUAUUUCCUGGAACUGAAUUCCACACAACAGACAUUUUUAAACUAGUUACUGUAGCAGAGCAAACCUUGACAAAUACUGAGAACAAGGUUGCUAUGACACAGAGAGUUAGCAUCCUGGCUCCUGGAGUUUAUUAUAAUGCUUGGAAGUUAAGUUUUCACUUGGGAAAUCAUUAAUUAAUACAUUUUUAUUUACAAGUAAUGAUUAGCACUUUAAAAAAAAUGCAGAGCAAAAAAAUUGGGGGGUCUCAUGGCAGAUAUUUACUAAGCCUCAUGACUCUUUUCCAAAGUGUCUUCUCCCUCAAAGCAUACAUAUUAGGUAAAUAAACAAAAUUAACAGAUGUAAUAAAUACACAAAAGACCUGAAAUAGAUGCUUGGCAUUGUUCAGUGCUUGGCCCUUGAAUAAUCACUUCUAUUGUUUAGAAAUGAAGCCUCACGAUGCUGUUGCUCUAAGAUUAUUGCUGGAUUACGAACACAAGUGCUAUAGCUUGCACAUUACAUCAUUUACUUGGGAUGCUGUCAAAUUACUUGGAGUCAGUAGAGCUGUUGUGCAGUUCAGCUAUUAGUAUGUUUAGCAUACUUUCCAACUGUCCCAUUUUCACACUGACAGUCUCAUUUUGGCAUCCUGUCCUAGGAGAUGUGCCACAUUAUUAUUAUUAAUUCAAUUUUACUAUUAUCAUGACAGAAAGUCAUUAUUUUAUUAUGACACGGAGGUGAGUAUUAUGCUGCACUCUUUCUUUAAUUCCCUCAGCAGAAAAGAAAAAACAAAUUGAAAACAGAUAUAAACAUCAUAAUACCAAUCUCCGCCUAGUAACAUGAACAUCCAAUCAGUGACAUCCUUAUCGUAUAGUAGGCGGAACAUCGAUGACCACUUCCUCUUUCUUGCAAAUCCCGAAGAAGAACUCAAACUCGGAGCAGGAAACGAAACAAGCCAGAACCCAAAUGAGCCAGAACAGGGCAUGUGAUCCAGACAGACAUUGCAACAUAUUCCUGCUAAAAGAAACAAGAAAAUAUGGUAAUUUCUUGAAAUCAUGGAAUGGCAGCAUAUUUAGAAGAAUAAUUGCCUGACUAGUCAAUGACAAUGACUCCUAAAAUCUAAUAGGAAGAAACCUAUCAGUCCUAGGAUAGUAACGUCAUACAACGACCCCUAAUUAAACUGCACCCUAUAGCAGGCAUAUAAUGACAGCAACAUCGUCAAACCAAACUUACCAUCGAGGAUAGGUCAUUCAAAAAGUAACCUACCUUGUCCUAUACCCGAGCCGUCCGAGGGCGGGUGGGUGGGAUAAUACUCGCCUCUGUGUCUUUAAUAAAAUCAAGACUUUCCAUCAUGAUAAUAGUAAAAUCCUUGAAAUUUUAUUGAAGACCCAGAUGCUCCUAUUAUGCUAGUUCAAAGCUGUGAUAUCACGACUUCUGCAAAAUGCUGAAUUGGUUUAAAGUAGAAAUUAUGGAAAGUAGACUCCGAGGACCAAUCAGCCGCUUUUAAAAUAUCCUCCAAAGGACAACCAGCAAAGGAGGCUUUAGAAGCCAUAGCACCGCGAAUCGAAUAAGGAGAAAAAAAUGGAGAUAUCAAUACCUGCCAAGGACAUGAGCCAUUUGACUCAACGAGCCAAGGUAGUGGAGGAAACUGGAGCAUGAGGUUUAUGAAAGGAAAUGAAGAGUUGGGGGUCUGAACCUGUCCGAAGGGAGGCAGAAUGUGCUUCGUAAGCCCGUAGACACGCCACUGGGCAGAGUCGCGGUUUCAUGGGAAAAGCCAGGUAUAUGACCCAACUGGAGGGCGAUUUUGUCCUACGUGAAAUGUCAAAAACAACUCCGUCUGUGGAGAAUGAACAAGCAUUGACAUUGAGUGACCUAACAUCUGACACUCUUUUGCAUGAGAUCAAACAAAAUCGCAUAACCAAUUUAGCCGACAAUUGUUUUAGGGAUAAAGAUUCGUUAUCUGGCCAAUGUAUAAGAAAGUUUAAUACCCGUGAAACGUCCCAUAAGGAGGAAUAGCAAGCAGGGGUGGCCUUGCAAAGCGAAUGCCAUGGAGAAGACGACAGACAAAUGGGUGGCGUCCAAUCAGGGCACCAUCAAUGCCGGCAUGGCCAGUUGAAAUAGCUGAGUGGUAGAGGUUUACCGUCCGAUAUGCUUUCACGUUAUCAUAAAGGGAAGUCAAAAAUUGGAGGACAGUUGUCACAGGAGUUGAUAGGGGAUCCACAUCCUGUGCCACGCACCAACCAUCCCAUGUGAGCCAACCAGACUUGUAAGACUGUCUCGUGCCAGGUGCCCAUGUGCCCUUGAGAAGUCGGAGAGUCGAGUGCGAAACUCCCUUGAUCGCCCAGGGUCCCUGGAAAUUAGCCAUGCCAUGAGGCGGAGGAGAUCCUGGAGGAUCAAGGGGGGGAGGGUCCCAUUGGGGUCUCGUGGGAGAGAUUGGGAGACCGGGAGGAGCUGUGGGCGAUCUAUAGCCAUCUCCAGUAGAGGAUGGAACCAAGGUUGCGACGGCCAAAGGUGGGUUAUUAUCACUAGGCAACCCAAUUGGCGCCGCAGAAGGAGAAGGCAAUGAGGGAUGAGGGCAAAUGGAGUUGUGGCGAAAGCCACUUCACCACUGGGUUUGGAGGGGACUACUUGCCAGCCUUUUACCCUGUGACUAUGGCCCCUUUAAUUUAUUGUGGUUAAGAAACCCUAUUUGUGCCUAUUGGGACUUUGAACAAUGGUUCUUCGAACUUUCGAAGUGGCACUUUGAGCAGUCGAAGUAGUCGAAGUGGCCGCCAUUCAACAUUCGAACACGUGGCGGCGGCCAUCUUGUUUGGACAAACGUGUACAGCAGUGUUUUGUUGUUGAGUUCAUGAAACUCAAAUCAGACACGCGACGGCACGAACACCGCUGAACAGUUACCUUCCAGGGAACUUCGGCUAUUCGAACGGGAGUCAAAUGGCGUUUGGUGAGUCGAAGCCCACGAACAAGGGACAUACACAGACUAGACCCAUGAUCGCUUCGUUCAGUAAUUUGAAUAAUACUUAGACUGUUUGAAAUAGACUGGAUGCACAGCCUAAUUCUCUGGAAUUGUUUUGGGCAUUAAACCAUGUGUGAAGUCGGUCAAAAAGAGACUUCCAGGAAUCUCCGGAACCCCUGCUCUGAUCUGUGUGAUUUCUGGAUAUGUUGUUCACCCAGAUCAGGACUACCAUGUGAUUUAUGGGGAUAUGUUGUGUUUUGGGGUACUUAUGAUACUUUAAUAAAAUGUGUGUUUUUCUGCCUGGAGAUAAUUAUGUUAAUGCAUUAUCUGCCUUAAUUAUCUCCCAGGCAGAGGGGAGGGAUUGCGUAUACUUUAUGGGAGUGUUAUUAUUGGUUUAUUAACUUUGUGUCCCUGUGCCCAACAAGGUCCACGUGGGUGUCACUCUUUUUGGGAAACUUGCAUAAAAGGCCAGUGUGCCUCCAUUAAAAUUGAGUUUCUGCUUAACCCUCAACACGUAGCUUGGUCUCGUGAUUGGAGGGGAACUGCUAUAUUCCCACUGGGGUUUGCUAUACUCCUUAUACUCUCCUGAGUUUUAAUCACUAGCUCUUAUCAUAGCUGAUCCUGCUAUGCUCUCUAGAGUAGGAGAGGUCUUUCCCACAAGGUCCUGGAAAUCAGAGGUUGGUCCAGGGUGGGAGGAAGAUGGCGAGAUCCCAGCUAAGCUACGGCGGUUGUGGAGUCUGCGGUGCUUAUGGUGUCCAGUGCGGUGCUUACGGUCACAGCGUCAGCUAGGAAGCAUCUGUUGGCGGAGGUACCCAUUCGGGGUGCAAGGUGAUCCGUCACAGAAGGGAAUGCAUAAUUCCUGGCGAUGGACCAGUCCUAGGAGAAUGCAUUUGUAGCCGAUGCCUUAGGGUCUGGCCUCCAACUGAAAAAGCUCGGAAGUUGGACAUUCAAGUGAGAGGUAAACAAGUCUAUUGCCAAAGGACCUCACAGAUCCCAAAUGCAGCGGAAGAUUUGAGGAUCGAGGUGCCAGGUGCUGGAAUCUCGCAGAUGGCGGGAAUUCCAAUCCGCCAUAAUGUUGGACAACCCUGGUAUAUAGUCCGCUCUGACAGCAAUAUUGUGCUGAAGACAAAACUGCCAAAAGUCUCGGGCCAAAUUCGCCAAGACUUAGGAGCUCGUGCCUCCGAGAUGGUUGAUAUAAUGGACAGUUGAGAUGUUGUCCAUUUUCAAUAGGAUUGAACACUGGGACAGGGUCAGGGAGAGGCUGCGAAUCGCAAACAACCCUGCUAGGAGGCAAUUUAUAUGCAACGUUGACUCCAGUUCCGACCAUUGUCCGCCUGUGUAGACAUCUCCGCAGUGUGCACCCCAUCUGUAAGAACUUGCAUCCGACUCUAUGACUACAUCUGGAACCGAGCCGAAAAUGGCUCUGCCAUUCCAUGCCUCCAUGUGUAGGAGCCACCAGUGGAGUUCCUCCUUCACCUCUGCGUCUAGUGUCACAAUAUCUUCAUAUGAGGUGUGGCCCCUGAGGUAUGACGCCUGUGGGCCCGGAAAUAUGGCUUGUAUGGAGGCAGCUAGGAGUCCGAUCAUGCAGGACAGAUGCUUGAGAGAGAAUUGUGAAGUGGCAAGAAUGCGCCGUAUCUCUUUAUUGAUGUUUUUCAGUUUAGACAUUGGUAGGUAAAUCCACUAGGAAGCCCAGAAACUCUAUCCAUUGAGUGGGAAUGAGUAUGGACUUUUCCCAAUUUAUAAUGAAGCCUAGAUUUUGCAAUAAGGUUGUGCUCCAAGCGAGAUGAGUAUGAAUUAGAGGGACCGAUUGGGAUAAUAGCAGGAUGUUGUCUAAAUAAAUAAUUAGACGAAUCCCCCUGACUGCGGAGGAGAGCGAUAACGGGCUUUAUGAGCUUGGUGAAGCACCAAGGCGCGGAAGAGAGACUGAAGGGAACCGCCAUUUCCUUCCUUGCCACGUGAAUUGCAGGAAAUCUGCCAUGGGCACCGUGAGGUAGGUCGAGUUUGACCAUUCAAUUUGAUGGUUGGAGUAAAUCUUUUAGGCAAUAAAUUGCCUUCCAUCUUGAAAUGAUGGUAAGUUACAUAAGUAUUUAGUUGUUUCAGAUUGAUGACAGGGCGGAUUCCGCCUAAAGUUUUUCUUCCCUGACCGGGAAUCAAACCUAGGCCACGGCGGUGAGAGCGCCGAAUGCUAACAUCACUAGACCAUCAGGGAAUCUAAUAAAAAAGUAAGGGGAGCACAGAAAACAGGGAACCAUCCGCCACUAACUAAUCCUGGACACUAACUCCGACCAGGAGAAGGAGUAAGCUUUCCAGAGUAGAGGGGCGGGAAAGCGUGUAAAGAAAAUGGCUGCCGCGAGGUGAAGACACCAAAAAGAUGGCUGCCGCGGCUAUGUAAAAGGUCCGUGAAACGUAUGGUUUCGGGAACCGAAUGGGCUACCAGCGCAAACCGCGCUAUGUGAACGCUAAACUGCCAAACCUGGGACCAAGUGAAUGCGGCUGUAUGAGCGUUCGGGAUUUUUUCCGAACGAGAAACAGCCAAACUGCAAAAUGGCCGCCAGAGGCGCCCCUGACGGGACACGCAUGCACGGCUCAGCGGGAAAGGACACAGAGAUCUCUGAAAAACAGUAGGGAACAAAUAGAUCGUAGAGGUCGAGAAAAAACCUCUCCAGGACUUUAAAAAGGGAUGGGGGAAUCCGAUUAGGGAAAGUGAAGUGAUAAACCUUAAAGGGGAAAUACAGUUUGGUAUAAACCAAUAAAAUAUAACAAUAUUGACAAAACCAGCACCCAGAGGUAUCAGUAAGCACAAUUAAUGAGACAUAAAUACAAUUAGCAUAUCAUACAAUAAUCAUAAUAAAGAAGAUCCCACAGUCAGAAAACUUAACAGAGGGAGCAGCAAAAAAAGAGGAAGUGGUCAUCGAUGUUCCGCCGAUAGGACUAUAGGAUAAGGAUGUUGCUGAUUGGACAUCCUUAUCCUAUAGUCCUAUCGGUGGACUAUAGGACUAUAGGAUAAGGAUUACGAUGUUUGUACCUGUGUUCAGUUUGUUUUUUCUUUGCUGCUGAGGGAAUUAAAGAAAGAGUGCAGCAUAAUAGGAGCCUCCGAGUCUUUAAUAAAAUUAUGUUAUUAUUUAUAUAGCGCCAACAAAUUCCGCAGCACUUUACAGUGGGUGGACGAACAAACAUGUAGUUGUAACCAGAGAGUUGGAUACACAGGAACAGAAUGGUUGAGGGCCCUGCUCAAUGAGCUUACAUGCUAGAGGGAGUGGGGUAAAGUGACACAAAGGUAUAAAGUUACACAUACCUAGCAACCACAGGAACUGAGCCCCCAUGUGGCCUCUGUGCUGGGAGAAAGUGACCUAACCUCACUUUCUCUAAGCAUACAGGGAGUCACACAUGGAUGCAAUCGAAAGGAGUACCAGGGACCUGUAGGUGCAUUUGUGUUUGGCCCUACACAAAAAUAUGUGUGAACCCCUUUGGAAAGAGCCCAGUCCUAGUCCAUAUCAUUCAAAUAAUAUGCGGGUAUCAGGUUCUAGACUGCUCAGGUGUUCAAAUUUGCAGUAGAGCACCAAUAACCAGUAUUGCCCAUCAGUGGAUGUCAAUUUUUUACCCCCAUAGCUGUUUGUAGUAGAGUAGGGACACUUGCUCUGUGAGUGUAUGAAUGUGUAUAUAUGAAACAGUGUUUAUGUGUAUGUGUAAUAAUAUACUUGUGUGUGUAUAUGUAACUAUGUGCAUAUAUCAGUGUAUGUGUAUCUGUGACCUGUAAACUCACUUAUUCCCAGGAAUUCAGCUAAACUGUCAGGGGCCUGGACGGCUGUUAUAGGGCCAUCUGACUGGGCCCCUAAUCAAACUUGCCCAUCGGAUGGCCCACACACUUAAGCUAGCUUGUCCCAGUAAUGCCACAACAGCUACAACCCCAAUAGUUCUGCCACUGCCAUUAACCCCUUUGCAGUUACAGGGAAUCUGUCUGAGUCUAAAACUAAUUACCAAAAGUCAUGUAUUAAUUUUUGCAAAUAUGAUACUAACAGAAGAUUUCAUGGAAUACAGAUGGCCUCUAAAGGUAUCAGACUUCGCACACAAAUCUGUCAGUGUUAUAUGAUAUAUCAAUAAAUAGUAUAUAUAAGGGCUGUAAAACCAAUAUAAUAUCCAUUAUUAGUUUUCUGCACAGAGAGUAAAUCUAUUUUUAUAAAAACCUUUUUGUCCUAAAAUGUUAACUAUUUGACUUGGCAGAAUUUCAAUAACAAAAAACUGAUUUGGGGAAAAACGAAUUAAACAAAUCAAAAAGGCAUGAAAAUGGGCCAAUCAGUGUACUGCAAAAUAUAUACUUAAUAUAGAUAUUAUGCAUAUAUUUUGCAAUAGAGGAGUGUUUUCACCAACAUUUAGUUCACAGAUCAAAUGAGAAAAGUAACCAACAGAUGAAAAAACAGGAGGAGCAGUAAAAAAUAAUAAUCUAUAUUCAUAUAUUAUUUAUUAAAUAUAUAAUAUAUAAAUAUUGGAUUUUUUUUACAGCAAAUCAUCAAUCAUUUAUUUUUUUAGUGCCUAUUGCAAUUCAGAAUUAGGAAUCAAAACGAAUUUGUUUGACCUUUGUGUGUUUCAUUUGAUUCACAAUUUGGCUAUAUUUCAGCUCGGAGUUUGGAUUUUCAACCAAUAACCCGUUUGGCCCAAAUUCAGACUAUUCAGCAUGAAACAAAUCUCCCAAUCUACCCGUUAUUUUACAUAGUCUACAAUAACUAUUGAGGACAAUAUGUAUACAAUUAUUAUAUCUUGUAGUAAAUAUUGAGGGGCAUUUUAGGACGUCAUUGUGCAGAUGACAGAGCUGAGAACUCUGGACUUGAAACCAUAUUUAUUCUUCUUUCUUGUCUUCCAGGUUAUGUCACUUGUAAAGAAUUUCAGUGAUAUGUUUGGCCAGAGAGACAGACAAAUAUGAGUGGGUGUGGAAUGGAUCUAUUAAGGCAUUUUCCAUAAGGUGUGCUAGUAGGGCUGAACAUGUGAGCCAAGUGCUUUCCAUUAUCUGCAAAGUGGAAACUUUCAUUAACCCACACAUAGAUUAGUUCAAAUGAAAUCUACACAAGUCCAUGUCCAAGUUAGAUAUUGUUUUGAUGGAGAGGAGAGGCCAGUGAUGCUGCUAAAAACCGUCAUUAAUCAGUAGGAAAUAGCUAUGAAGUUCAAGUUUACCAUUUUACAGUCAUACAUUUAUUUUCAGACUUUAGUAUCUCAAGGGACAAACAGUAUCCACUUUUCCCUGCAGAGAUAUUAAUACCUGCUGGAUUUAUGUUAUAUAGAACCAAUAACUGUUUAAAGGGACAUUAUAGGCACUAUAACUAUUUCACCUCGUUGGAUUAGUUAUAGUGCUUGGAGAAUACAAAACAGUUGGGUAAGUCUUGCUAUAAAUUUAAACGCAUUAAACUUAUGUGGUGACUGGCAAACAAUUGCUAGCCAGCCGUCACAGUAUAAUUUUCAAAAAAACUUUUUUAAAGCCUAUAGGAGUCUAUAUGAGCCCCAUAUUACUAUAAGAAAGGUAUGAAACCUCCCUUAUGCCCUGACCUGCCAUGGUGCAUUACAAGCUCAAUGUGCUGUCUUGUAAAUUAUAGUUUUUAUUAGAUUUUUAAGACUUUUUAACUGUUAUACAUUAGGCGUCCAUUUCAGACACCCUGCGAGGGGUACAUGGGAUACUUAAAAAAUAUCACUUCCAGGGGCAUACAAAUCAUGGCCGAGGUGUUCUCUUUAUGGACAGAUUUAAAAAACUAUCUAAUUUCUAGACAUGCCCAGUAGUGAUGUACCGAACGGUUCGCCGGCGAACGGUUCCUGGCGAACAUAGCAUGUUCGCGUUCGCCACGGUGGGCGAACAUAUGCGCGGUUCGACCCGCCCCCUAUUCGUCAUCAUUGAGUAAACUUUGACCCUGUACCAAGUUAGUCAGCAGACACAUUGAAGCCAAUUAGCAGCACUCACUCUUACCACAGACCCUCCCAUGUUAUUAUUUUGAAAGUGCCCUAAGUGCCCCUUGACUGCUUACCUCCAGACAUUUUUUAAAUGAAAUCUUGUUUUCUUCAGCCACACAAAAAGUCAUUCAAUCCAUACUCUACUGUUAAAAAUUAAGAAAAAAAACAAAACAACAAACUGUAAAAAAAAAGUGCAGAAAAGAUAAAAACGGCACCACAAUAAAAAUAUCCACUUAAACCCUGCAAGGGCUCCACAUAGACUGUGCUUUCAAGGUGGAAAAAGCCUUUUUCAAUCUGAUUGCUUGUUUGACUUGUAAUCCAAAUACUCCCAGGUAAGUCUCGUGAGAAUGGAGACUUGCCUGUCGUGGUGCUCUACUGACAUUUCAGGAAAAAACAUUUAUAAAGGCUUUUCUCGCCUUUUUUUUGUGUGUGGUUUUUACUUUGUCUUUAUGUUUUUUCCGGUCCAGGUCUUUGUUUAACUUUUGAUGUAGUGUUGGGAAAUAACGCCACUAAAUGUCCAAAGGCAGUCCACCCCCUCUGUUUUUUUUAAAAUACCUCUCACCCACUAUUUAUAGAUGAAGAGUAGGGGGACACUACUACUGUCCACGGGUGGGAGCUGGAAGAGAACAGUUUAGUGUCCCCCAGUUAAUUAUUAGAGCCCCCAUUUGGAGCUCAUGGGUGAGAGCACCUGUGCCAGGUCCCCAUCUUCAUUGGAUGAGGCUGUUCUAGCAUGUGGGCAGAGUCACUAGGUUUUAAUUAUGCGCAGCUGCUGGCUGUUUACUAUAUAGUAGACAUGCUUGUAUACCUCCCUUGUACUAAUAUUGGGAUCACAUUGAACCUCACAGGCUUUUAAAAAAAAGUUUUCUUUUUUGUUUUUUAUGUGGAAUUCUGAAUAACAAAAUAUACAAAAUAUCCUUUGCCCGUGUCAUUUGUUUCAUAAUCCUUUCAAAUACGGUGCUCCUGAAUUGCAGAAUUCUGACAAAUUGCUCAUCAACUACAAUUCUGAUGAAUUGUGAUUCGUUUGAAACUAAAUGCAGAAGUUUUGAAAAUUUCCAUGUUUGUUUCCCUAUCUAUAGCAUUUUCUUAUUUUCAUUGUAGCCUUUUCUGUAACAAGUGUGCCAUAAACGGUUUUGGAUUCUCUACAAAGUCUAGCUGUGGGAGAAUGGACAUGAAUGUCAGUAAGCGUGUUGGUUGGGUCGGCAAGUUUGGAUGAUAGCUCCUUCUUCCAAGCUAGAUUGUAAAUAAAGUGUCCCUACAGCAUAGGUUUGGCCAUCGCUCACAAAAUGUUACAGCUUUCCUACUACCAUAGGUUGUCAUUGGUAUACUUUAGGCAGCUGGUUUCUGUAUACGAUUUUAAUGAGUAGUAAGAAUGUGACAGGAAUCUCCUGUCAUGGAAGCAUGAAAUAGCUGUAUGCAGUUUGAGUUGCAACUUUAUUGCGGUAUGGCCAAAAAUGGUUAGAUUUAUUUGUGGUGUCUUAUGAGAAGUGAAACCUGGGAGAAGAGAUAAGGGAAUGCUUGAUUCUGGGAAAGGAAUCACAAGGUGGAAAUAAUACAAGUAGAUAUAUUGAUGAAUUUAACAAUAUAAGAUGAUGAACUCAACUCUUAAAGAACUCAGUCUCUUGGAGCUAGUGGUUCUGGUUGUGCAUCCUCCUGAAUAUGACCUAUCAAGGACUUGGUCAAAUCUGUGUUGAAAUCCCCUUUAAGUAUAAGAUCUCCAUCUAACACUUUGAAAUAUAGCUCUGAAAAAAUAACUUAUUUCUGCGUGGUGCAUGUAUGUUUUGCAGCAUGUAGACAACAAUAUGUAACGAUAAGGAGAUCGGUGUACAUCUAUGCUCGGCGUCAAAGAAAAUAAUUUAUACGCCAAGACUUUGUAGGGGAAUUGCAUGAAUAAUUAGAUUAUAUACAGGUGAUACUCGAAAAAUUUGAAUAUCGUGCAAAAGUUCAUUUAUUUCAGUAAUGCAACGUAAAAGGGGAAACUAAUACAUGAGAUAGACGCAUUACAUGCAAAGCAAGAUAGUUCAAGCCUGUCAUAAGUGUUUUCACAAUAUUCUAAUUUACGGAGAUUGUGGAUUUGGGGUUUUCAAGAGCUGUAAGCACUUAUGACAAAUCACGGCUUGAACUAUCUUGCUUUGCAUGUAAUGCGUCUAUCUCAAACAUUAGUUUCUCCUUUCAUGUUGCAUUACUGAAAUAAAUGAACUUUUGCACGAUUUUUUGAGUAUCACCUGUAAAUUCUCCUAUCCACAGGGUACUGGAGUGAUCGGACCUCAGGUUUUUUGAAGAAAUAUAAAAUCAGAUUGUAGUUAAAGAUGUGUAAGAACUUUUUUUCUGUUUUACGAGAGAUUAACACCACAAGAGUUCAAGAUAAAAAGUCAAAUUUGUUUUAUAAGAAAUGGGAAGUCCCAUGAUACCUUAUUUUAACAUGCCUAGUUUGAGUCUAGUAAGAACCUCUCUCUCUCACAAUGCUUUAUAAUUGAAAUUUUCCUUAUUCUGUUAACAUUUAACUACAAAAGUUGUCAUGGUAUGUACCAUCAUUUGGUAGACAUUUCUCUCUCAUUAUCUAGUUUUUGCCAUCCAACUGUAAUCUUUGUAAUGUGUGGAAAGCUUUAUAUCAUGGAAAAUAAGCAUACUAUUCGGUAGAUACCCAAAUUACCAGGAAGGUGCGUUUACUAUGUAAACAAACAUUCCAUUAAGUUAAGUACUUUAAUUUUUUUUAAAAUUUUUUAAUCGAAAGCUUUUGGCUAAUUAAAUUAUUAUCUCAAUUUUUCUGUUUUGAGAACUUAAAGAUAUCCAGCAUUAUGACCAAUUAGUGGCCAGACAGGCGCGGUAUAAUAAUUACUAUUGAAUGAUUCAUAAUAAACUUGUCGAUUGCUCCAAUUCCUUGGUCCCUUAAUACUACUAAAAUUACUAACUUCAUAUGGAGGCGCUGCAAAAACACCCAGAAAGAACCCUGAUGGUUUUUAUGUAUUUUUUAGUUUUCAUAGUUUUGAUUACUGGUUCUUCUCUUAUUAUUAUUUUUAAACCUACUGAUAUGCUUCCUUAUAUGUUUUUAAUGGCUGCCCUAGACUCACCGGAUAGGCUUUAAGGGAACCGACCUCGGAACACAAUUAUUUUCACAAAUGAUGUUCACUAAGCAGCCCCACUGCUUCCCUAACUUCCGCACCCACAUAGCUCACCGACAGAGACCAGGCCAUGAGGAGCCCGCUCACUCCUUCGUCCUCCACCCCCCAGGGUCACAGGGGACACUAACCUACUUGGCAGACUGCAGACCCUCGACCCCCCCCUCAAGGAUGCGUUCCACAUCACAUAGUCCCCACAUAUUAGACAGGCGGACUGCCAGGUACACGAUAGACCACUAGACAAGGCAUACACUAGCAGCAGGAGGAACUCGCACGACAUUACCCAGACCACUCACUGCCCACCACACACACUAUGUCACCACUGUAAUGGCACACUAGACAACAUCCAUACAUGCCUAUAGGGACAAUGUUUAAUUAUUAAAAAUGUGCAGCCUACAAACAGCCAUAUCUUUGACCAACGAUGAUUGUUAUUAUUACACUUGUUUCAGCUAAUAUGGCAUUUUACAGCAUGUAAAAUAUCUAGUGCACGUGAAAAAUAAAGAAUUAAAAAAAAAAAAUACUACUAAAAUUAAACUGUUAUUCAGACAAAUAAUUCUUUGGGCAGCAAAAAGUAGAUUUAAUUUUCUGAAACACAUGUCCAUCCAUUUAAAGAUUUUCCAGCCAGUCAUAUUAUCCAAUUACAUUAUCUUAUCAGCGAUAAUGAAGGGGGUGUAAAUUUUGAGUUAAAGCAGAUUUGUUUUUCAUUAAAAAAAUAAUAAAGAAAGUACAUUUUGCUACAAAAUAACUAACAAAUACACAAAAUGAAAAAAAAACAGCAUCUAAAAGGAUGUGGAAUUGGGGGUGGGGGGCUACUAUGGAGUAUCUAAUCCUAAUUAGGGGUUCCUUGAGGACCUAAUAAUUAUUUUAAACUUUUAAUGGCUCAAUGCAUUUUGUUUGUGAGGAAUGAGGUAACCAUUGAUUUUGCAGACCACCCUUAGUGAACAGUGAGUGCUGGGAACCUAUUAGGGAUGCCUGCAUAGGCAAUAUCAUAUCUGGCUAGGAUAGGGCCAUAUUCAAUGGUUCUAGAUUGACAGAUAAGCUGUAUGCAGCACUAAAAGUGAGCACUGCAUACAGCUCUUUAAAAACUUUAAAAUCACGGCGGCUGCAUGCCCCUUUGCUGAUUGCCAACAGAGCUUAGCAGUAUGAAUGGUAGAGGCAUAAGCAUUAUAGGGAGAUUACAGCCACUAGACGGAGGUCACAGACCACGUUUUCAGCUUGCAUAUCCUUCUGCUGAUAUCAGGGUUAGCUUGGUGUAGUAUUAGUGUACGUUAAAGGAGCACACAUUUUUAUUCCUGGCCAUAUAGUUUUAAAAACCCAUUUUAGCCCCCCUUAACAUGAAAAAAACCCCAAAAACCUCACCUUUAUUCCAGAGCCACAAGGGUCUGCCAGCUUUGGCCAGGCUCCACCUCCUUGGCUGAGAUCAUCAAAACUGAUGAUCUUAGCCAAUUCAAUGCUUUCCUAUACUAAAGCAUUGGGAGGCUAAUGUGCCAGCGCGGCAAAAGAUGCGCUGGCCAGUCAGCACCCCCUCAUAGAGAUGCAUUGACCCACUGCUUAUACUGUUAGUGUGAGAAUAGGUUUAGGGGUAGGGUUAAUCUAAAGCUAAGGGAGGGGCUGGUACAGGGUUAAUGUUAACUACCAAAAAUGUAUUUUAGAUCUUUGACAUAUAAGGCAUUUAACAAUCAGAACUGGUGAGUAUUUUUUAUUUAUUUUUCUUUAAUUGCACUUGACGUGUAAAAAUUAUUAUAAGCAAAUGUUAAAAAAAAAUGUUUUUUUGAAAAUGUGGUUUUGUAUUUUUAAAUUUUUAUUUUUUGAAUUUUUUAUUUUUGCAGUGCAUAUAAUGGAUACAGACUGGCUUGAGGUACCCCAAAGGCAUUCCUCGAGCUGCUUAACAUAAGUAACAAGUAGGGUAAUCGCUAGGCAAUGCACAAUUUUAUAGUAUAUAGUAGCAAUAACGUUGGUGAAACAUAAGAGUAGUAAAAUAGAGUAAGUAACAAGCGUAUGACAUAUCCCCUUACUGCUAAGAGAUAGGUACUAUGUGUAGAUAGUCAUGGUAAGGUAAGGGGUACAGUAGAGUUUACCACCCCAGACAGCCCCAACACCCUGGCUAGCACCCUAUAUGAAUGGUAGCAGAUUAGAUUGCAUUACCCUCUGGACCUGUUGUAGCAAGCAAAGUGUAACGCUAUCAGGUAACACAAGUAUGGCAAACCAGAAGUCCAAUAUGGCCCCAAUUCUGGGUAGGCGCUGGGGUCAGGGAUCCAUCUUGGUGGUCAUCCUAUCCCCCUUGUAGGGAAUGUAGUGACCCAGAGUGCUUGGCUUCUCAGGCUGUCAGGCAGGGGAGACAUCUUCAUAUUUUUGUGCAGCCGUCGCUUUCUACUCCCCUCACCAUCCCUGUGUGUUUCCUUCUGCAUGGUGCUGGGGUUAAAGAGCUUCAGGGUUUGCCGGCCGGCUAAUUUUACCGCCUUACACCGCUUAGGCCGUCGUCGCUGGCUCCGGUAUGCUGGGCUCGCGGUGUGUGCAGCAGGGCGCUUCGUGGAGUAGUGGGAUGGUUCAGGAGGUGCCUUGAUGGUCUCCGUGGGUGUCAGCCUGCUCUCCAGCGCCCUCCAAAAGGCGUCGAAGAUUGCCUCCAGGCGCUGGUAUGUGUCAGGUAUCUCCCCUCCAGGAGUCAGCAGACGCGUGUCGUCCGCCAUCUUAGGUAGUGCUCCACCUUGCUCGCGGGUGUUCGCGGCUCUGCUGCGGCUCUCCGAUGGGGUUUGGGAGCCAUCAGGGUGGGGACCGGGAUAACCCCCACCGGUCCAAAGGGGGGGGUAGCAGGGCUCCAGGUACAUGCUCAGCACUUUGAUCGCGCCAGUCUGGGAGAGCGGCCGCCUCUCCCCUCCUCAGCGCUCACUAGGCCUCAGUGGAUCUUGGUGUCUGGAGUGCUUGAAAAGGCUGCUAGAAGCAUUCGCAGGUCGGGUCUUUUUACAUGUAGUUGGGGGUAAGUCGCUUGGUGCCCAGUUUUGGAUAUUUCCGUCAAAAUAGCAAGUUUGCUUAGUGUGUUCCUGGGAGCUCACAAGAAACACAACCAGUCACCAUGAGUGUCAGGCCCCGCCCCCUUAAAAUUUUAUUUUUAACAUUUUAUUUAUACUUAAUGUUGUGUUAGGUAUACAAUGUAAGGUAUUAAAAGAAAGUCAUUUCUGUCUUUAAAAAAACAAAAAACAAAAAAAACACCUGCAUAUCGCGAAACACACCAUAUCUCACCCACACAAACUAGGACCCCGACCCAACCUAGAACAACUUUCAUGAUGUACACAUCAAAACCCCAAUAACCAAACGCAAGGACAAACCAAAAACCCAAGACACCAAAGGAUACCUAGCCCACAGCACAUGUACACAUAACUCUACAUACAGAGAUCAACGGGGACAAAUAACUACACAACGGACAGACGGAAACCCCCCCUAACAUCACCCCACCCCACGCAACACACACACAUAACACCGACAACCGAAAAUCCUACAACACUGAAGUACACACAACUUAGGAGACAACACCACCAAGACAGUCACCUCAUCUCCAAACACUAGGACACAGAACACCACAUCCAUAUGAACCUCUCCAAGCGAGACGAAAAGAUCCGAAAGUCAGACCACUCAGGUCCUAGCACUACGAAAAGGAGAACCGUUGUACAAACAUUGUGUAAAACACAUUGUGUUAUGCUGUUAAAUUUCAGUGUAACUGAGAUGAUUGUUACACCACCCCUUAUUUCCAUUCUGUACCCCAACCUUUUUGGAAAAACUAAAAAAAACACACAAAAAACCCCCCCCAAAAACAACACUCUUUUUCUAAAUAAAUGAAACCAAGAAUGGCUAGGGCCGCACUCACCUGAACAUGCAUAUAUUAUAGGGUGCUGCUGGGGCCAAUUUGUACAACAUACAAAAUACACAAUUCAGCACACCCGCUCAUUCACUAAACAGAGAUUUCAAAUCUCACAGAUUGUAAUAGUUUUAUUUAAAAACAUCUCAACCAGACAAAAAAUAAUGGGGGUUUAGUUACAGUAUAUACUCAUACAUUGCAUCGUUCUGAUCUGUGAGACUUGAAAUCUGUGAGACUUGAAAUGAGCGAGUGUGCUGGAUUGUGUAUUUUGCAUGUUAUAUAUAUAUAUAUAUAUAUUUCUUCUUGAAGUCAAGUUAUGUCCCCUUGCAUUGGGUUUAACUAUGUUUUUUGAAAAUCACCUGCAACACUCCCAGGAAAAAUGUCAUUUGUAGAAGUGUUUUGUAGCAAAGAUCUCAGAAGUAAUUUUCCAUGUAAACAAAUUGUGUGCCUGCUGUCUAAUACAUAUUGACGCAGCUGCUUGCCAACUGUGUGUUAAACAGCACAAGAAAAAAAAAUCAUAAACAUUGUUAUCUUUCCUCUGAUAUGAAAGCCAUGUAUACAAUAGGAAAUAAGCAUAAUUUGUUUUAGUGGUUUGGAUUUGCACUAAAAUCUGCACUGUUUAUAUGUUGCAAAUUAAUUUGAAUGGCUGUUUACAAUAAAUGAUUCAGUUUGUAUAAAUAUACUGUAAUCUAAAUAUAAUUUCAGUGAUUAAGGGUCACCAGUGCAACUACAUGUAUUCCUGACCCUAUAGUGUCAACGCGACCAUCUAGCCCCUCUGGGCCCCUCAUGCCUCCAUACAUAUAGUAAAAAUCUUACUGUAUUCAAGCCAGAAGCUGUAAAUCUGCAUGCUGUUAGACUCAGGAAAAACAAGCAGUCUGCUGACAUGUGAUAGCCUGAUCCAAUCACAGUGCUUCCCUAUAGGAUUGGCUGAGACUGACAAGGAGGCAGGAUUAGGGGCAGAGCCAGCAUGAUUCAAACACAGCCUUGGCCAAUCAGCAUCUCCUAAUAGAGAUGAAUUGAAUCAAUGAAUCUCUAUGAGGAAAGUUCAGUGUCUGCAUGCAGUGGGAGAAGAUACUGAAUCACAGGAUGCCUCCAUCAACUCAGAAGUCCUUCUAGUUCACUCUGAGUUACUGCAACUGGAGGUGUUCCUAGCUUUCUCAGAAAAUACAGUGUUUACAUGAGAAAGGCUGCAGGGAGCUAUAGUGCUCACCUGAACAACCUCAUUAAGCUGAAGUUGUUCAUGUGACUAUAAUGUCCCUUUAAGGCACAAUAUAGGUUGUGAUGAAGGAAAGACCAGUGCAAUAACUACUACUAAAAAUGGUGCUAUCUAUAAAUGUACUAGCCCAUGAUGAAAAAUAAGCACAAAAAAAAAAAAAAAACACAGCACUUCCUAAAUGAUAAUCUGCAAAACCAUUUUUCUUCUCAAGUUUCAAAAAGUAAAACAUAAAAUAAUCGAAUUAUCCACGUUCAUUAGUUGCUACAUGAUAUAUAAUCUAAGUGCAUUAUUUGUUCUAUAUGUACAUAUUUUGUGGGCAAAUCAACCAGGGCCCCUUUAGAAUCAGUGUGUCAAGAUAACACUCUUUCAGGAUCUGGAAGAUAGCACAUUCCUUUUAGAGAAUCAUAACAAUGCAUUGCUUGAUAUCCACCCUAAGGACGAUAAAAUAAGUACUGUUAUGUUUUCUACAAACAUCUUGGAGGAAAGACGAGACAGGGGGAUAUGAUAGAAACAUUUAAAGGGUAUCAACACAGAAAAGGAGGAGACUAUAUUUAAAAGAAGAAAAACUACCACACCAAGAGGACAUAGUCUUAAAUUAGAGGAGAAAAGGUUUAAAAAUAAUAUCAGGAAGUAUUACUUUACUGAGAAGGUAGUGAAUGCAUGGAAUAGCCUUUCAGCUAAAGUGGUAGCGGUUAAAACCGGGUAUGGAGUUUAAGCAUGCGUGGGAUAGGCAUACGGCUAUCCUAACAAUAAGAUAAGGCCAUUGACUAAUGACAGUAUUUAGAAAACUGGGCAGAUUAGAUGGGCCGAAUGGUUCCUAUCUGUCGUCACAUUCUAUGUUGCUAUCUAUUAAAAGUCCAUUUGGUUAAACGCCAAGCACUUUUUAAAGUGAUACUGGUGUUAUUGGUGUAAAAAGUUAAACAUACUGUAAUUUAGAAACUUAGAAUGUGUAGUGAUACCUUCACUUAUUCAGGACAGUGUGAAGUCAACACUGUAUGCAUUGUACCAGAAUUGAGAAAGAAUAAAAGUUGUUGCCUUUAAGUCUUGAGGACAUUUUAUGCCAUGCUGAAAAUAGUGCUCUUAUUGUCCCUGGAAUGUGAAUGUUCUACAGCUAUAGUGUAAGCAGGAUCACCCGAGACUCUCCUCUAGGCCAUCAAAUAUGACUCUCUGUUGACAAAGAUAAGAGUGGAUGUGCCAAGUGCUCAAAGUGAGCACUGUAACAUCCAUUAAAAAUUAUGUGUCCAAACUUCAGGCAUGUUCAGCCAUGCCCCACAUCAUCAUCAAUUAUAUUCAUAAAGUAUAUUAAUAGAAAAUAGGUCCAGGCACUCAAGGUUUCUUCAAAGUUGCAGAUUUAUUGCAAACUGAAUGCACAACGUUUUGGCCUUCACAGAGGCCUUUGUCAAGCUUGACAAAGGCCUCUGUGAAGGCCGAAACAUUGCGCAAUCAGUAUAAAUCUGUCUCUUUGAAGAAACCUUGAGUGCCUGAACCUAUUUUCUAUGAACAUCUCCUAAAUUGGGGUUUUGCCAACCAGGUCUUCGAUGCACCUGGUUUUCAUUGUGAGAGUGCGGUAUCAUUUAUGUUUAAAUCAAUUCAUAAAAAUGUCAAAAAUAUAUUUAGAAUGUUAGUGUUCCUUUAAUAAGAAAGAGGAAAAUUACUGUUGGACAAGCAGAUCUCAAAAUUCUCAGUUUUGUUUUGGUUACAAAGCUAAAGCGUCUACAUUUUAGAAAUAAUAAUCAUCUCACAUAAAAAUGGCCUUCCUCAAUAAAGAAUUAAAAGUUUAGAGUUUUGUGUUUUUUUGAGAGUAUGGUUAUUUCAGUUAACCUGCUGUAGUGCUAAUAAUAUGAGGAGUACCUUGGCCUAGUUCCCCGGUGAUUGGGCAAACUAUCCCCCUUACCUGGGUUUUCACCAAGCAUUUAAGCUCCUAGUAUCCCUGGUUAUGGGCUUUUGGCUUCUACAGAAGCCAGAGCCAAUUCAGUUGUUAUUCAUUCACUGAGAGCGUCAGCUGACCUUUCUCAGCCAAUAAAUGGCACACUGUGCAUGACAAUUUGCACAGAAUUAGCCAGCUAAUGAUGCCCCAAUGACAUUGACAGAGGUAAGGUUUCAGAGUGAGACAGUGCACAUAUAGACUCCUGGCACCAUGACCACUUCAAAUCACUUAAGUGAUCAUAAUGCUUGGAGUAACUUUUUAAUUUGCAAACAAGGCUGCAUGAUAAUGUCCAAUCAGGUCAGCUGCCUGCAUUUGUUAAAUUAUUUUAUUUUCUAAGAGUUUCUGCACAGUUCUGCUACAUGUUUAUGUUGUAAACACAGUUUCAGGCAUUGUUUAACACUAUUCUGGCUAUUUAUGUGAUUAAUUAGAAAUUAUAUGUAUACAAUUCUACUCUGCACUUAGUGUAUAUUUACAAAUAUAUAUGUAUGAGAUGGUAAACUAUAUUGUGAUACUUCAAUUUACAUCAUAUACUAAAUAGAUUUACCUUUGGAUACUGUUCUGUUUUAAAGCAGUUAGGCAUUUGGAAAAGGCUCUUAAAAGGAGCUAUCUAUGCACUAAAAGUCAUAGUGUUUAUGGUGCCAAAAGUCCCCUGGAGCGUUUCAUGCCAUGCAGUCAAAUAAUUUUCACUCUGAAAUAUACCUUGAUACCUGGGUACCUCUGGUCCAGUCCCCAAUCUCAAAUUUAUAUAAGCUGGAAGUCCUGCUUCCACAUUAGAUUCAUUAAGUGUAUACCUAUAUGGAUGGAGUUCAUAGGCCGACAGCAUCAGCUUAAUUGAUGUCACCAAUACAAUAGUAGAUAUAUAUAGAUACACAGAUAGAUAGAUAUAUAUAUUUUUUUAUUAAAGAAAGGAAAUUGUCCUUUAGUGAUAUCUGGGGGAAAAAAGGGGCCAGACCAAAUAAGUCCAGGGAACCCAAGUAUAACCAUUCAUUUAAAUAUUUUUUUUCCUAACUACCUUGGGAUGGCACCAGGGGACUUCUAGCACCACAGCCAAGAACUCUAUCGGUUAUGGUACUUAGACUACUCUUUCAAGAACAAUUGCAAGGGACAUUGAAUUUUCUAAGUCUACAGGAGAAAAUAUUGUGAUUUCAAAUUCACUGUGAAAUAUUUAAAGAUAGGAACAUAUAUUAAAAAACAUGAAUUGUAUUGAAGAGCAACUUCAAUUGUUAAAUUGCUAGAUAAGAAUGUAGUAUGCAGUUACUAAAAAGAAUAAAACAAUAACUAUAACUUUGAGGACAAGAGAGCUGCAAAAUAUCCUUCUACUUAAUUAAUGAUAACUGUUUCCUCCUUCCCCCCCCCCCAGAGACACAUAACAGAUGAAUGCUUCUUUUAUGAACGACUGGAGGCAAACAAUUACAAUACUUAUCGGUCACGGAAAUACAGCGAUUGGUAUGUGGCACUGAAGAGGAAUGGCCAGUACAAAAAUGGAGCCAUAACUGGACCUGGACAGAAAGCCAUUCUAUUUCUUCCAAUGACAACAAAGAGCUGAUCUCAUGGACAAUCAGAGUUUAAAAGCAUACACUAUUUUACCAGUAACAAAGUAUCAAAAUGUGAUUGCGAUACAACACUAGUAUCAUUGUACACGUUCUUCAAAAUGUUCUUGCAACAUUUUACUGACAAAUAGCAAAAUAAAUCAAAAGCAAUGCCACAAACUAUUUUUUUUUUUUUUUACUGUAUAUACACAUUUAGAUACAUAAGGCAUUUUGUUAUUACAUUCCACAAAUGUAAAAAAAAAUUUUGGGAGAAAAAAAAAUACAAUUAUAGUUAAUUAUUCAUAUAUGAAAAGUCUUAAAUAUAUAUUGAACUUUAUUACAGUGGGUGGAGUAGACCAAUGUAUUCAUUCAGAACUGAACAUGUUGUUAUUUAUUGAAUCCUCUUAGGAAAAGGGGUAAGGCAAAGAAGAUAUGAUGAUGGUUACAUAAUGUUGUCCAUCAUGAAGGGGUUAAAAUGAUGGUCAAAGAUAAAAUCUUCAUGAAAUACUUCAGUAAACUCUGUCACAUUUAGGGGGUGUGGGGCAGUAUACAAGAUCCCUGAAAGUGACAGAGAUGCUUUCAAAUAUGAACAAAUACACCAAACACAGGAGAGGGAUUACAUUUUAAAAUCAUUAAAGGUCAAUAAAAACAGAGAAUGUCGGCAUAACCCAUAGAAGAAAAUGUAGAAAUGUGAUGUCAGAAUAUCAUUUGUUUUAACCUUUAUAGUUGCAAAAUGUAUAACAUUUACGUUUCCAAAAACAAGAACAAACAAUAUCAGAUAAGCGUAUGUGCUCUGAUCAAUACAAAACAUUGAAAAAUGUUUCUUCAAUUUAUAGUAUAACGUUUGGAGUAGCGUGCAGCUUAAUGGGCAUUUAUAUUAUAUAUAUAUUUCCUCUUAUUGCCAUUCACCAGCACCAAGGUUUAGAAGAAAAUAUACGCUCCGUGAUUUUAAAUAUAUAUGCCUGAGGUAUUAUUUGAGGUAUCGGUCAGUAAUUUAAUAAUCAAUGGUUGAAUUUCUGUAAAUACUUCCUUGUGUGUAAAAUUGUAUUGUAAUAGAUUUGGUAAUAGAUCAUUAAAAUGUGAAGUUCGUUAGAGGUUACGUUUGGUUUCAUAGGCCUCUGGUAGUUCUUUAUGGUACAGUGAAUAGAACAACCCUGAGUAAAUAGCUGGAAAUGUCCUUAUAGUUAGGUCAAUUUUAUGGAAACCUUCCUUGUGCCCAUACAGUAGCAGUUUAGCUAUCCUGCUGGUGAUGGGAGUUGUAUUGCUGCAGUAAGCAAGCUCUUUAAGGUCCAUCCAUUCACAUUUUAAGCAUUCCUGGGGGCAAAAACUUAUCUCAUAAGACAGUGGUUUCAGUCGACAGAUAAUAUACAUAUCCGACUUUCCAAAAGCCCCUGGGUGAUUAUGUUGCUGUCGUAUGCUCAGAAGGGAUUUAAACUCUGACUUAAUGCCAGUUUCUUCUAAAACUUCUCGAACUGCUGUGAUACCUAAAAUAAAAGAACAAUGGACAUAUUUACUAGUGAUUCUCACCCUAGCGUUGUAACAGCUUAUUCUAGAUUUUUCUAGCAAGGAGCCCUCAGAAGUCAACUUCUGCAAAUACAUGCCAGUCAUUUGUUGAAGUUGAACAGAUAUUGAAAUAACCCAAGAAUACUUUUAGAGGUAAAACAACAUGUAUAUAUAUACAUGAGUUGAGAAACACAACUCUAAUGCACACUUUGGAGUUAAAUAUAGAAUGAGAAAAUCUGGAGCAAAAUUCUUAAAAUGAAACAAUCAGCAGGUACAGCAGGUAUGUUCCACAAGUCUCCAUGGUGAGUGCUCAUUUUUUUUUUUUUAACUUUGGUUAAACUUUAAACUUCAUAUAUAGCCCCCACUUUGUUCUUUAAAAAAAUGAUUAAGCUAGCUAUUGGGAUCUUAAUAUUCAUGUUAAAGGUCUGUAAACCAUAUUCAUUAUACUCUGAAACAAGUAUAUGAUUUAAAUUCUACUCUAAGUAAGGUCAUUGCCAAGGUGAUCAAACAACAGAUGUAAAUUUAGCCUCUGAACUGCAGAUCAUUUUGUACAUAAAAUACAUUAGGCAUGUAAAAUAACAGAGUGUGAAGCUACAAUUCUAACUAUAGAAGACAUUUGCACAGUCUUAUCAUAAUAUAAAUCGUCAUUGACUCUUUCAAUAUAACUCACUCAUUGAUUGCCAGAUGUAUAAUAUUGCUAGUACAACAUAUAGAUGGCCAUUUUGCAAUGACCUGACCCCUACACAAUUAAUAUAAAGGCAAGUUAAUUAUUUGUUAAACUUAUGGUAUUGUCAUGUUAUUUAUACAUUUUGUUGAUGCAUUGCAUAUUAAUAGCAUUGUUAUAGUCUCCGUUUCACCAUUAAAAUAUUUAGAUUGUAGAUCAUUUUAUCUGAAAAGGAAUGACUUCUAUAAUGAAGUAGGAUGUGCUGUGCACUCUAGGAAUCUAUGUGUGAUUCUAGCAGAGUCUGGGUGUACAGUCAUCUAGGACAAUUAUGGCUGUGACAGAGACUGUAUUACAGCUGACUGUAAAACCAACCAGUAUCAAUUACGCUUCCUCAGUUAGAUCUCUGUGGUUAGCUCCAGUCUGCCCUCAGUAACUUAUACCAAGCCUUAUAUUGAUGCUCAGUCCAUAUUAAACAAUUUACCUGCAUGGUUUAAUGUGAAUGCUCAAAAGUGGUCCAGUAAAGCAAACAACAUCAAACCCCUAAUUUUUAUUCAGUUUUCAGUCCAAAGGUUAGGACAUCCUUGUGACCAAUGAAUAUAAUAUUUUUAUAGAUUAUCUCAAUUUAAUGAUGCUCUUAUU